AUGUCCAGUGAGGUGCAGCCGAGGCCGGACGACAGCCCCAACACGAGUGGGGGCAGCUCGGACGCCGAGCAGAGGGAGGCAGCUCCACCGGAGCAGCCGGGCCCCGAGCAGCGGGAUCAGACUCAGCCCAAAAAGAAGGAGGCUAAAAUCUCCAGCAAGACGGCCGCCAAGCUCUCCACCAGCGCCAAGAGGUAAACCUGCUUUUACUUUGUGUCCUGAUGGAGCUGCUCAAGUGGUCAUCUAUUAUUUACUCAUUCAGCGGAUUUACUCCUCCAUCUUUGGUGCUACACACUCACUCCUGAGCGCUGCUGUGGAUUUCGAAGAGAUCAUCAGUCAAUCAAAGCGGUGCGGACUGAGAUGACUGGUUGAUAAGUUGUUACCUAAGCAGCAUAAAAUAACAAUUCAGCUUUGAUAAAUCCCUGAAAUCAUUGAUUCAGAGGAAACACUCGUCGUUCUUUAGUUUCAGCUUCAUACAUAAGAGAAAGUGCUGCUUUUAUCUGUUCUCUGUUCAACACUUAUGUGUGCUGGGCUCUGUUCAGAUUUAUAGUGGGGUUGUUUACUUAAGCAGUUAAUCAAUUCAGUGAAAAAACAAGUAUUAGUAGAAAUAAUCAAUGAUGAAAACAGUCGUCACUAACAGGUUUGAUUUUCAUGGAGGGGGCUUGAUUUUCUGCUCAGACACCUUCACCGCUGAAUAACCAACAGUUCCUCAUUUGUGCUCUUUUCUGGUGACUCGAUCAUGUGGCUGCUUUGGCUUGCGGAUAUUUACACGCAGUCAUGAUCACUGCACAAUCAGAUCUAGAGUAUUUUACUGCAACUUUUCAGAUAAGGGAACUCUGUGAAUUUGGCUUUUUUUUUUUUUUGUUUAUUUAUUUUUUGGCUGUUUACCCUGAUGUUUCACGGCACUGACACAGGUAAUUCAGAAGUUUAGAGUUAACAGCAAAAGAAAGAAAAUAAAGAGACUACUGUCCUCUCUAGUUUGUGAUUCAUUUCCUGUAUUACUCUGCCUUUUGCGUACUAAAAUGAGCAGAAGUUGCUCACUCAAUCACACCUGCUCAAUAAUCUUUCGAAUGGUCAUUUCUAGGAAUAAUUCUAUAAAAGUCUCUGCAUGUGAGGGAAGACUGAUCUGAUCCACUGAUUAGAGCCAGCCCAGACUGUUGGAUAUAAACACCACCCUGCUAUCUUAUCAGCAGAGAUGGGUGCAACAUAAAAACAAGGACCUUGAGGGUUACCACUUUAUAGGAAGGUUGACAGGCUCAGUGUUAUUUAGUUGCUCUCAGUGCUGGAUCCUGUAAUAAAUCACUGAGCGCUGCACACACAGAUGCCAGAGGUGCUGUUCUCCAUCAUAAAAACUCAGCUCGGAUGAUAUUGACUUAUUAGCAUUUGUCGAGGCAUGCAGAAUGUAAUAGUUUAGUUUGUGCUCUGUCUCGGGGGAUGAUCAAAUGAAAUGAGCUGCGGAGCAUUUCAGAAAGCAAGUGUUUGGUUAAAGAGAGAGCGAGAGGAGCUCAAGAAUCAUCCCAGCUGCUUCUCUUUGGAUUCCCCGAGCCUUCUUCAUUGCCCCGCUCUCUCUCUCUCUCUAACAGGUCCCCAGCCUCAGCAGACAAAAUGUGCCACCUCAGGAAAUACUGCAGAUAAAAUUACACAGCACGCACUCAAGCUGAGGAUGACUCUGUAACCGUGCAGAUUGUAUUUCAGGCUCCUCCGCAAAUAUGCUGUUUUUUUCCCCUGCUUCCCCGAGUGAGCAGAGUGUGCAGUCAUUUCCCCCUCAGAGGAGAGUUAAAAGGAAAAUCCCCUCUUGGAUAAUCCCACCAUGUUAUGUAUCAUCAACCUGUGAUGUACUCUUCAUCUCAGGAUGUCUUUUAUGAUGAUGAUGAAGAAGAGUUGUAGUAGCCGGCAUGGUGUUCAGCUGCUGAGUCUAGUUUCAGUUUCCCAGAGCGCUCACAGAGCUCUCAUGAGGGAGUUUGAACUUAAAAGUUUGUUUUUGUUAGUGCACCAGAAAACGAAUAUUUCAAACACAGAGAAACAUUAUGCCACCGCCAACCUCCCACUCACACAGUGGAAGCUCAUUCUGCCAAUGACAGGGGACUAUUAUUAUUCCUCUUUAGGCUGCUUGUUUCAGUUUUCUACGUUUUAUUUCUCUGAGACUUCAGAGAGAGAGGUUUGGAUUACAUUAGAGGCAGACCUGCGCCAAUAUCGACUCUGAUGAUGAAAAAAGCAGAAAACCAUCUCUGAUACUGAUGUUUUUUUUCUCUAAAUGAAAGUCCUCAUUGUAUUUUUGUCAUCAAUAUUUUCCCCAUCUUGGCUCGGGGACACGAAUCUAAUCUUCAUCAUGAAAACACUUGUGAAUACCAUUGAAGAAACCCAGGCCUUUACUUCACUCUCUUUGUGGAAGCAUCAAUCAUUUUUACACAUUUAUAAAACAGGCUUUAAUUGAAUCAUCUUUCACAGGGGGAAAAGAAAAAAAACGGUUCAGAAAAACUAAGUGCUUCAAAAGCCUCUUUGGCUGUCUCAGAAUCACAAACACAGUGAGAGGAUAUUUGAAGUUAUUACUCAGAGCUAUGAAAAUCCUCCUUCUCAUAAAACAAAAUGCUGUCAUACAAAUGACGUGUUGCUACACCCAAAACAAAGACAAGACAUAUGCUGAGUCUCAACUUUGGUUUUACCUUCACCAACAGAACCAAAACGUUCAUCAUGUGGAUCUUGUAGCUGUUACUCUCUGACAGUGUUUCUAAUAGUUCUUAAGAUUCAAGAGACAGCAGUGUCACCUGGUCUUUGUCCGAUUUGUGUCCAUGAACGAUAAAAAAGGAACUUCACAGCACUGUGACGAGGGAUGGGACUUGAUAAGACUUUUAUUGAUAUCGAUGCCAUUAUCGAUUUUCGAUUCAAUUCUUUAACGAUUCCCUUAUCAAUGCCUUUCUUUGAUUUAAAGAAAAAGCAGACUCUAGGUUUUCAUUCAAAAUUUUAACUCAAAAUCGAAUGCAUGUGACUCCUUAUAUUUGAUGCCGUGCCCCGUUGAAGCAUGUUUAAGCAUGCUGGUGUGUCCACCUUUGCAUGUUAUCACUGCUUGACAAACUUUACACAGUUGUUGUCUUUCUCAGUAAAAUGAAGCCAUGCUCUUAGAUCGUUUCUUUUCGUAUCGUCCGCCAUGUUUUCUUCUCUGUCUCUGUUCUCAUUCGCGUAGACUGGCUCUCGCGAGACCAUUUUUCAAAGGAAUCGUUAAGAUAAAAUGUAAACGAUGUGGAUGGAUUGAACCAUUUGGAAGCGGUUCUCAACAAGAACCGGUUCUUGAUUCCUUACCUAACUGUGACUCACAUCUAUGGAACGGGUUUGAGCGAAAUCUAGAAAAUUCUGAUAGACAGCAGAGAUUCACUCCAGCUCCUCCUCCUUUUGGAUGAUAAACAAUGAAUCAGAGGAAAUAAUUCACUUUUAAUAAACAUCAUCUUUAACUCAGAUCUUUUUUAGUGUUCUUUUGUUGCCAUGGUAAUGAAUCAGGAACCAAAAUAAGCUGUCUCCUGCAGUCUUUGCAUCAGGUGUGUCUUACCCAAUGUUCCUUGAGUUUCUCAAACAUGAAACUAAAAAACACUGAUACAGCAUUAAAAAUAAAAUUGUUUCAGUCAGGUCUUCCCUAAAAAAGCAGCUCAUUUUCUUCAAAGUGUGUCUAAUAGUCCUUGAGCAGUCAUCAAGCACAGAUUUUCUCUUUUUUAAACAUGUUGGACAGAGAACAUCUCCUUUAAACAUCAGCAGAUAAAGUGAAAUGUUGCAGGGCUUUGCAGUGUAAGUCUUGCACAUCCAUUUAUUACAGUGUCGUCAGCGCAGAAACAAUAAAUCAUGUCAACAUCGACUGCUUAUACUCCUCUCCCUCUCUGUCGCUGCAGCAGAUUAUUUUUAUGUCCCAGAUAACAAACAAGGUAAAGAACAGACAGUAUGAUCAAUAACUGUUGUCGGUUAUUAAUUUUUCUUUCAUCUUUUCCUGCCGUGAAUAUUUAAUACAUUCUGGUGUAUUUCAUCUUUAUACUGUGUUUUCAACUACUGCAACAGUCACCUCCGCUGAAACCUGAGCUGGGACCAAAGCAUGACUUCAGAGUUCAAACACAGACAGUCUCCUGAUGAAUAAAGGAGGAUUUAAGAAAAGGAGAAUUCACACAUGUGACAAGGCCCGCAGCUGUGGUUGCAUCAUUCAAAUUACUCACUCUUUUAGAUGGAGGGAUGCUGCCUUUCCCACUCACAGUCAGUGCCUGAAAGACCUCACACCUUGUUUAGACCUUGAGAAUAUUCGUUACUCGGUCGCAGGUAAUGACGAAAAAUUCAAAAAGAUUUGGGCUGGCAUUCAGAAACUCUCAUCAUUUUGAAUCAGCACUCUCCUCUUCUUGUUUUCUUUUUAAAAUUUGGAUCUGUGAUUUUUUUAAAUCAUAAAAUUUAAAUUCUUAUCACAUUUAUGGCCUUUUUCAGUUUUCGGCGACUUGUCUACAUUUUUAUUCUCUUAAUGUACAGUAGUUCAUUUAAAUUAUUUUCUUUUUACUUUUAAUUUCUCAAUGUCUUAUAUUUCAAGAUAUAUAACACCCGAAUUCCAGCACUUGUUUUUUUUUUAGCUCCAGAAUUUGUUGUUUAAGCACAGUAAUAGGAAUAUCCAGCAGUAGGCAGGGUCUUGAGGGAAAGAAAGUGUUUGUGAUUAAUGUUUCCUUUGUAUCUUGUGCUCUUUCAAGAGCUCACUGCACUGUAUUCAUCUGUAUAAAACUAAUAAAGUAUUGUUGAGUAAAAAAUUACUCACUCUUUAGGAGCUCUUACAAAAAUGAAAAACUUUGUAUAAGUUCAGAUUGAACAAGUACAACUGCACUUUGCGUAUAAUAUAAAUUUGAGUUUUGAAAUUUCCUCAAGGUUCUUAUUUCAAAUGAGAAUGAAAGCACUGCUAAAAUCCCAUUUUGCCUGUGGUCAGCUGAUCCCUGCAUGUGUACUGAUAUUCUAGCAGCACAGAUUGAGUGUGUCUGUUCAACAGCAGUUUUGUCACAUUAGGUUAGGUUACUUUGGCAUUAUCUAAACCUACAGCGAGAGACUGCUGAAUACUCAGGGUCAGCAACAAACUUUUGGACUCACUCACUGAGUUGGCAGGUUUACGGAAAACUCACCAGCCCACAUAUUUUUACCAGCCAAUAUAAUGAAUUGGGUUGUUAUAUGUAGAAAACACAUCAUUAGAAGCUGUUUACGAAACACCAUUGAGCAGCAAAGACAAAAACUGUAGCCAGAAUGGAUGGUUUGCUGUGAGGGCUCCAGGAGUGCCGAGAUUUCUUCAGCUGUCAAAAAGUUCAGCGAGGAGCUUUUCUGAAAAAAAAUUAAACAAAACUGAAGUGAAAACUUUGCCAGGUAGAAUAAGUGAAUCAUAAGUCUGCAACAACUACAUCAUGAGACAGAUUUGGUGGACUUUUCUGAUCAUAAUCAGGAGGUUACAGUUUUGCUUGAAAUUCUCAUCUAGUCCUGUUAUCAUCUCGCUACAGCAGGAGUCCUAAGAUAUUGGUUGUCUUGCACAGUUGCUCUCAAAAGUGAGGCACAUAAAUCUGCUGCCAGAUUUGUUAAAAGUGAAUAUUUUUAGAAUAACUCAGAAAUACACCGAAGAAUCAGCCAAAAAGGGAAAUUUAAUAAGACAGAGUUCUGGUUUUGUGUGUGUGUAUUUCUGAUCGAGAAAAUUUUCUGUAUUCAGCCCCCCAGAAAAAGUGCACUAACAAACCGAGGAGAAAAUACAUAUUUUUGGUUAUUAAAGCUCUUCUUCCUAAUGGUCUGAGGGCUCGUUUUGGAGAGGUAUAAGUAUCGUGAGCAUUAAAUCCAAACCUUUUUAAGCAGUAACGUUUGUGGUUGGUCAUACAUAUUUUCAUUUCCACCGACAAAAGUGGAAUCACAGAGUUGGUUGUGGGAAUUCAAGCACGCUCAGGAUUUGCAAUACUAAACCAAAGCAGACCACCUCAGAGCCAGAGGUGGUUUCAUCUGCAUGGAGAGAGUAACGGCUGCAUUUCCAGCUGACUGAGUAUUUCAGAAGUAUUUACACCUUGCUGCUGGAUCCUUAAAAGUUGCAGCGCUGGCUCUGUUAUGUAAUAAAGGCUUCACCAAAAAGAAACUUGACCUCUCUGGUCUUUUCAUCAAACUUUUUCAAGCACUCAGUGUGAAAAUGCUCCUGACAGUCUCCUGUAAGCGUGAGGGCAAAGACAGGCCUGUGGUGAGCAGGAGAACUCAUUAGCCCUCAAAUAUCAGAUUGGAUUCCUCUGUAUCAGACAUGUCCUGUUGACAUCAGUAUCACUUCAUGCUCAUGUGGUUUAAAAUAAUGGCGGAUCCUCAGCUGUGUGUAAUCUUGUGUUGAUCUUGCGUGACAGCACUUAUUCCUGUAUCCAGUGGCAGCGCUCAGAGGCUCAUUAGCAAAUCAAUGGUGUAUUCAGUGUGUGCUUUGAGAUUGAUUUCACAGGCAGGAUUUAUAGAAUUGUCUGCAUUUGGUGGUAACACUGAUCUUCAUCUUGUUUCAGGAUCCAGAAGGAGCUCGCAGAGAUAACCUUGGACCCGCCGCCAAAUUGCAGGUAAGAGCCUGUUGAUUGUGUGUUUUUUAAGAACGCCCAUUUGCUGCGACACCUGAGGCUCUUUGUGUGUGUGUGUGUGUGUGUGUGUGUGUGUGUGUGUGUGUGUGUGUGUGUGUGUGUGUGUGUGUGUGUGUGUGUGUGUGUGUGUGUGUGUUUGAGCGUGAAUGGAUUGUGCCGGCUCAGUGAGUCACAUGAAUAGUAAAGGUGGAUUAUUGUGCCGUAUUUUCACCUCUGUCUGCUCAGGCUGAAGCGAAAUGAAUGGACCUUGUAAGCAGUCUGCAGCGUGAAUCAGACUCAUGGAGAAAAAAUAGAUAUCUGUGCGAUUGACCUGAUUGGCAGUGUUUUCCAUUAGCAUCACUGUAGCAACAGUGUUGUGUUUGCUCACAUUCCCCGGGGCGAGUAAAGGCACUCUGCUGCUGCGGCUCGACUGGUUCACAUGGUUUGUUUUCCUCCUGUGUCAAGAGUGUAGGAAAGACAGAGGUGCUGCACGCUUCUGCCAAUCAAGAUCUGAGUCAGAGCUUUCAUUGUUUGUGGUUUGCAUUGAGUCAGCGUUAGCCAUUCUUCUUAAACUGAUGUCUUAAGGGAGCAGCAUUGGAGGGUGCGGGGAAGGCUGUGCAGGCAACGAGGCACUGCAGUCCAGGCAUUUCCUGUAGGGCUGAGACAGCAUGGAAACUCACUGAUGUGUGGACGCUCUCAGGCCCGAAGGCUGGGAAAUAUUGGCUGAGGCUCGGUGAAGUCACUGUAAAGUUAUUUGCCAAAAAUCCUGAAACAUGGAUGCACGAUUCCAGGGAUUUCUCCAGCUGCACUGUCACUGUUGAAACCCUAAAAAAGAUGAAAUCUUUCAACGCGUUAGAGUCUAAAUGACUGAUCAGAAAAGAAGUAUUGACAUUUCCUCUUUAGCUUGAAAAAAGUUAUGAUCCAAUUUGAUUAUGCAAAGUGUUUCGACAUAAUGUAAACAAAGAAACUGUAUUCACCAUGAAGCUCAUCACAUGAUCAUUACCUGUUCCAGUUCAUCAGAUCAGUAUCAAAACCAAUCCAGUGGAUCAGAUAAGAUACUCUUUUGAUUUGCUUAACUCCAUUGUCAACACAGGAUGUAGCUUCAUCCCUUUAUUUAAUGCUCUCUGUUCAAUAUUUUAUCCUUGGAUUGUUUAAAAGUACACGCCCUAUCAAAGACAGUAGACUUUGCUUUAAAACUUCACCAUCAUGAUGGAUGAAGGAAAAAAGAAAAACCUUUAUCAAAGCUUUGAUAAAUUACCUUUAAGACAUAUAGGUUUGAGAACAAAACCUGCUGGACAGUUUACAUGACAUUAGUUUAUAAUGCACCACAACAAUGAACAAUACAAAAGCGUUACAGUUCGGUUAGUUACAGGCAUCAACAAUAUGAACAAUAUGAUACUAUGUGACCUGAUGUGUUACAGGACAACACAAUAUGAUAGGAUACAAUACCAUACCGUGAGAUUCAAUAACCAUACUAUACAAUAAGAUACAGGACUACUCUAUGAAACCAUCUGACACGACACUGUACGAUAUAAUAUGAUAUGAUAUGAUAUGAUAUACAAUACGAUACGAUAUGAUACGAUAUGAUAUGAUACAAUACGAUAAGAUAUGAUACGAUACGAUAUGAUAUGAUAUAGCAUGAUAUGAUACGAUAUGAAAUGAUACAUUAUGGCACAAUAGGAUACAGUUUGAUAGGCUGUCUAAUAAAACAAUGACAUGAUAUCAUAUGAUACCUUACAACUAGAUAAGAUAAGAUGCAGUGUGAUACUAUUCCAGACUUAAUGUACAGGUCAAUACAUUAGGAUUUAAGUACAGUGUGAUACUAGACAAUAGUCUACCAUGUAAUGCAGUAUAAUACAACAGAAAACAAUAAGAUACAAGAUAUGAUACAAUAUGCUUGGUUAUGAUAUGAUACCAUGUGAUAAGAUUAGAAAUUGCAUUACUUGAUAUGAUAUGACAUGAUGUAGUAUGAUAUGAUACUUAACAAUACAAUACUCUUAUAAUAAUCCUUCAUGAUACACAUUAAGCCACUUCUUUAGGUAAUUAAAUAUAAAAAUCCACACAAACAGAAAGGAAUUAACAACAACACACAGAAAAGUAACAUUUGGAAUAUUUGAUCAGGUUUUGAAAAUGAUAGUAGUUUUUUUUUUUUUUUUUUUAUCAUGUUGCACUCAUAAAUCUUGGAUGGAUUCACCAGGUCAUCCCAUCAAAAUUCCCAAGAGGAUUAAACUGCUCUUUGUACUGCAUCAAGUCUAACCAUUCAGUAAGAGAGAGGACCAGGUCAACUGAUUUCAGAUCAUGACUUUUGCCACCAUAUAUAUCAGUGUUUAAAGCUGAAGUCUAUGUGCAAUGUCUGCCUCUGGAUUGGCCUUUUAAACAAAGAAUAUUGAACUACAAACACACAUGAGACAGCCCAACAGUGAAUAGCUACAGGUUUCUGUCUUCACCAGCCUGAUCUAAUACUGUCAGGAGUAAUUCUGCCCGGACGCUCUGAGAGAGUGUUUAGGAUGACGGCGGAAACUCACAGCUUUAUUUUUUGGCAGUCUGCAGGAGGAAAUUUCUCAGGAGAACAUCCCCUCUCUGCAGCCUUAUAAACUCUUUUUUUCCCCUCCAUUAUCUUUUUUGACAAAUGCUUUAUGUCUCACUGUGAUGGAGCAUUUGGAGAGGUGUUAAAAAAGCCAUUUCCCCUUUGAAAAGUUUGCAUCUGCAGACAGCUACACAAAUGAAGGCUGAGCCUCGCACCUGUCAUAACAGAACAAUUUAUCAGCUGGCUGCUCGCUGUUUAAAUUCACAGCCACGGUGUCUUUAAGCCGGUGAGGAAUGACAGAAAAUAACCUGUUUUUACCAAGGUACUAUCUGUCACAGUCGCACUCUGUUUGUCGGAUCUAAAGACAACGCUAAUCCGUCUGAAGCCAGUCAUUAUGUUUCCUGACAAAGGGCCAAACAGCAGAGGGGGGAAAGGAAAUUUCACGGCCAGUCGUUUGUGAGGAAAAUGACAUUUCGGUGCAAAAGAGAGGAUUCCUUGAAGACCGUCCGUGCUGAAAGGAGCCCUCGUGACGAAUGGAUCGAGCUCGGCUGCAGUCAGGAGUCCUCGGCCAUGAGUGAAAAAUUAGGCUCAGGCUGCUCCAGCGUAUUUCACCAUCAGGCAGAGAGGAGAAACGAGCCGGCGGAGUCUCAGCGCUACUUGAAAUGUAGAUUUUCUGUAUUCAUACGGCUCCUUGGGGUAUUCACCACUCUAACAGCUCCAACCCCCCCCCCCCCAAAAAAAAAAAAAAAAGCUGUCACAUCCCCGGUGUUUGAUUCAGCCUGCAUGUUUUACCACAACAAUCCACAUUCAGCCUGCUCUUUUGUGCGAUAAGCAAAGCACAAGCGCGCAUUUAGAACUGCUGAGAUAAAUUCACUUACUGUACCCCCUCACACACACACACACACACACACACACACACACACACACACACACACACACACACACACACACACACCCUCUCUUUCUUUCUGUGUGAACAAAGGGCUGCACGUCUCCCGGCCCCCUUUCUUCACCUGCUAAUUGAUGUGACAGUGUUAAAUAGGCUGUGUUCUCUGAAAGACAUCAGAUGUGAGGGGUUAUGAACGGACGCUGUGAUGCAGCUCAUUACCCCACAGGAUUCUGCUCUUUUUUUCCCUUUUCCACCCCGCCAGAAUAAAGCGCAGCUCAUGAUCACAGCCGCUCUUACAAACAUCCUCUCUGGCUCGAUUUCUGCAGGGAGAGAAGAAGCAUUUCUGUAAUCCCUCCAGGGAAAGCAAAUAAAAAAACACCUUUAACUUUUACUCAGACAUCACGCCUGAUUUCAGAGAUCACUUGGCUCCUUUUUGAGAGGACUUAGCAGUUUUGUUUUUUUUUUCUUUUGGAGCCAAAUGAGGGAAAAUUUUCAGCAUUCUUCUAAUAAUCUUUGUCACCCUGCCAGAAAGUAAUUAAUUGAACGUGACAAGCGCUCUGGAAGGGUAUGUAAAUAGCCCCUACAGCAGACACGUUAUAUUAGCCCGCUGCUAUGUCUGCCUCCCUAGCUGUGUGUGUGUGUGUGUGUGUGUGUGUGUGUGUGUGUGUGUGUUUUCUCUAUAAUUACCAUAUCCUUUCAUGAUAGUCCUGGCAGCGUUUUGAUAAGAAUCCCCCAUCGGCUGAGGGGAAACAAUGAGUGGAUUCCAAGGGGGAUUGGCCACGCUCUCUCUCUCUCUCUCUCUCUCUCCCUCUCUCUCUCUCUCUCUCUCUCUCUCUCUCUCUCUCUCUCUCUCUCUCUCUCUCUCUCUCUCUGUCUCUCUCUCUCUCUCUCUCUCUCUCUCUCUCUCUCUCUCUCUCUCUCUCUCUCUCUCUCUCUCUCUCUCUCUCUCUCUCUCUCUCUCUCUCUCCUACUUAAUCCCAGCAAGUCCCUGAGGAAUAACUUUCCAGUGAGUAUCAGUGAAGAUCUUUAGAAAUAAAAGCAAUAAACCAGAAGAAAGAGCGGCUGCAGAAUGGGCUGAAUGACAGAAAUGUGAAUUCAUUCAUGACUAUCAGCUUGUAGAUAUGGUUCGCUCAAACACAUCAUGGAUAUCAUUGUCUACACGGAGCCCUUCUCCGAGGAUGGUGAUGAGUGCUGAGCUCAGCUUUAGUUUGAUGAUCUACCAGCGAUGAGAAAGAGGCGCAGAGCAAUUAUAUUUGUUAAAAACUGUGUUAGAGUUGUUUCAACUGAUCCUGUGUACCUGUCUUUUUUAAUAUAGAUGAGGGAUUAGUGUUAGUAAGUACUAACUUGUCUUUCCAGCUUGAGGUAACAGCACUUAGAGGUGGAGUAUCUCUAAAACUUCUGGAUGGAUUCUUCUCUAAGGCUGGGUCCAAACAUAUGUAGAAAUUUGUAGAAAUAGAUUCUUCCUCCUCACUCUGUUUUUGGAUAUUUCUCUGUCUGCAGGUUCAUGUAGAAACUGUUGAAAAUGCUGACAUGAACAUGUCAGAUCAGUCAGUGUUACUGUCAUGAUAUCUGACACAUCAAAACACCAGAGAAAAUUACACACAUGUCUCUUUUUGAAAGAGCAGCAGAAGGAAACUGCAUUCUCUAUACUGUAUAUGGAGUGGUAAAUAAAAAUGUGCCUCCAUGCUGCAGUAUGAUGAUGAAGAACAGGGAGGUUUCCUUCUAAAUGUUCAGUUAAUGAUCAGACCCCAAACAAACAUGGCCUCCUGUUUCAGCACAUGUGAGUUCAUGUAAACAACAACUGCCCUGCAAAAGUCUGUCAGUGUCUCCAGAGACUCAGUCUUUUUACCGACCAUACAACAAUGACUAAAGGAGAGUUUUCUCUUUUAAAAUCAGCACUAUUCUACAUGGUUUAGCCGACAUUUGUUGACAUUUCUUUGUAAAGAGCUGUACCAUAGUCUGUUGUCAACAGACAUAAAAAUGCAGAAAAGUUUGUGAGAGAGUCCUCUAAAAAUGAUGUUUCCUCAAAUAGAGUUCGCUUCAAAAGGAUACUUCUCAUAAAACUGUCCCAUCUUAAGGUUGGGUCUCGAUAACUCGUCAAACAAUGAGCGUGGUCUAGACCUGCUCUUUUUCUGUGGAAAGUGUCUUGGGAUAACGACUGUUAUGAAUUGGCGCAACAUAAAUAAAAUUUGAUUGAUUGAUUGAUUGAUAAAACAAUGCCAAACUCUGAUACAACAGGAACAUGCAUGUUAAAGACUGUUACAGGCUUCCUUCAUUGAAAUACACAAUUAAACUGUCCACAUGCAGCAUGCAUUUACACCCAGCUUGUAAUCAUCUUACCUUUACAGCCUUUGUUAUGAGGACUAAAGAUAUGAGAGCCUUGCAUUUAUUGGGAGCCUAUUUCUUUGUGGCUUUGGCACUUAAUAGCAUACAGCUUAAAUAACAGAGGAAUGAGAGAGUAUAGUGCUGGAAAAAGGUGCUGCUUGGUGCCCUUAAACAGUUUAAACUUGGAAAAAUGCCUAGCUCUACUAAGGCUGAACCAGUCUGUACUUUCUUUACACUAACCUCAAUAUUCUGUGUAUGUUUCACAAAGUACAGUGCUGAGGUUUUAACCAGCAUUUGCUUUAAAACUUGAAGCUCACCUGACAGAAACCAGGAUUCUCAACCAGACUGUACGGUCACAAAUCUGUGAAUGACUGCCGUGAUCGCUUUUGCCCUGAGUGAGUUUUGGCUGAGUGUCGGAGUAAAGAUGUUGGUGAUAUCUGAGGAUUUUUGUGGGGCAGCUGGCUCUGCGCAUGUUGUGUUCAUUGCUUAUAUCAUGCUCCAUUAAUGGGUGAGAGGAAAGAUAGGGCAUGUUUUCAGUGUGUUAAACUUCACCUUUGCAUACUUUGCAAAUAGCUUUGUGUUUAUCAAGGAUGCUCAAGUUUUUAUAAAAGCCAAAACGUAGAUAUUUUUUUUCAUCAAAUUUACAAAAUACAACCACAUAACCAGUAUCACCACAAUCAAUGAUUUGCGUUGUAAGCCAGUUUGGAGUCAAUGAUCCACAGCCAUUUAUAUUUCAACAGAGGUGGAUUUUGGACAUGAAAAUCCAUGUGCAUCAUUGCAACGAAUAAAUAGUUCCACCCACACUGUUGAGAAACUUCUUUAUCUCAUAUCUUUUCAGGGCAUCUACUCCCCAGUGGCUCACAGCAUCAUGCCUAACUUGUCCAGCCACACAGCAGUAAGCUGUUUCAGUAUGAUUACGGGUGUUUUGUGCUCACACAGGCUUGAGCUGUGAGCAGCUGUGAUCAGAGUGAAUGCUGCAUUCGCUGUCCGCUGUGUGUCCACAGCACAGCUGAGACAGAAGGCAGCGUUCACUUUCAUUACACGCCUCUGCAGCUCCUCAUGUUUUUUAACAACCACACUGAACAUGAUCUGCAGCCAUGAUGCUUCUUUGUAGUCUUUUCCAGCUCCUUUUUCCUGCUCAUAAUCCAGAUUUUAACCUCAGAGCCACAGUUUUACUGCGCUGGUAAAUAUCUUUAAGGUUUUGUUGAUUACUGUCCAACUGUAUUGAGGAAAUAAGUAAACCCUUGCUCUUUAUUUACAAGUCAAAUUAUAUCAGAAGCGUUCUUGCCAAGUUGCUUUACUGGAACACUCACCAGUAUUUUGCAAUGUCAGUUAAAAUUUAUAAGCACUUGGACCUCGUCUUUUGGGCUGACGUUGAAGCUUCUUGUUUUGUGAAGCGGUCUGGCUCAGAGUUUCAGUCGUGUAGUCCGUCUCUGCAGCUUCUCAGCAAGCUCCGGUGGCUGUAGCUGUGGUCCUGUCAGAUAAAAGGGAGGAGGUUCAGUUUGUUAUCAGGAAACAUCCCGCAGUGAAACAGCCGGCUUGUGGGCGCAGCAGCUGUUCAGCCAGCGACUCACUGCUCAGACUAAAAGAUGCAUUUGUUCAUAAACAAUCACACCAAGUACAGUCUGAGAUGUGAGCAUGAGUACAGCUAAAAUAUGAAUACAAUUAUCACGCCUAUUAACUUGAUUAUGAGACACCAGUAUGUGUAAGAUAGUAUGCUGUGUGCUGUGUUAUAUUGGUGACGAGUGUGUAGUUCAUUGUGCCGAGGCGUUUGCUGAACUCUUGCGAAAUACCACAACUAUGAAGAGUUAUUUAAAUGCUUAUUUUUUUAGAUGAAAAUAAACUGAAAAUAAACAACAAUGUUGAUUUUGUGCCGUAACUGCUUUUCAAAUAUACUCAGUGGGCUGUUUUUAUUUAAGGGCAUUUAUGAAGGACAGUGAAUGGGACUCUUCUCCUACAGAGCCAUACUGUUGUAAUCCCUGUUGUCAGAAUGUGGUUUGUCAUUGUCCUGCUGAAAUAUGAAGGUCUUCCCUGAAAAAGUCUUUGUCUGGAUGGCAGCAGAUGUUGCCCCUAAACCUGCAGAUAUUAUUCAGCAUUAAUGGAGCCUUCACAGAUGUGGAAGUUACUCAUUACAUAGACUGUGAUGAUCCCCAUACCAUCAGGGAUGCUGGCUUUGGACUGGGAACUGAUAGCAAGCCAGGUGGUCUCUUUACUCUUUAGAGUCCAUGGUUUCCCAAAAGAAUGUCAAGACAGUGUUUUUUUUUUUUUUCUUGGAGGAUUUUAAGUCCAUGCUGUGAUUUCCGCUACAGAGUCAUUAGUUGGUUUUGGUCCUUGUCCCUUUUGUGCAGUGAUUUCACCAGACUGUCUGAACCCUUUAUCAGGACUUUGUGCUGAAGAUGAUGCAGUACACAAAUAUAAACGCUGCUGUGAAUUGUUGAGCUGUUUAUCAGGCAGUCUCUCACAGAGUGGUAACCCUUUCUCCAUCCUUCAUUCUCAGAGACUCAGCCUCUCUGGAACAGCGUAUUUAUACCUACUAUUGUUAUUGAUGUUAAGUUCUUCUUACUGUUGUGUUGUGUGCUGGUCUGUGUUUAUAAGUUGGCUGUCAGACCUACAAUAGCAGAGUCAUUUCCAAUAUGCCCGUGUCUUACAGCCAUCCCAGCUCAAGGUUACGGCUGUGGAGACGUUUCUUAUCACUGAGGACACUGAACCUGCUCGUCUUCUUCCCCCGUGUGUGUAAUAAUAGAAAGCAGUCAUGCUGUCAGUGCUGUUUGAAACCACACAGUCGACUGAGUGUGUGUCACUCGAUUGCUGCUGUCAAGGAAAAUGAUGUGAUGAUUUAUUCAUCUCCCUGUUUAUUUAUAGCUGAUGGGCUCCCACAACUUUUUACUCCAAGACCAAAAAUGUGUAGAUGGUUCUGUCAGUGAUUUUUGUUUGUUUGUUCUGUUUUGUUUUUUUUUAAUGUUGGGCCUAAAUGCUUUUUUCAAACUGAGUUAUCCACAGAAUUUGGGCCCUUAUUGACUCUGAAAUUAGAUGAAUUAAAAAACAAGAAAUAAUUCAAAUAAGUUCGAGAAUUACCGUCUUUGAAACAUAAAGUGAUCUACAAACCAGCACACACUAGCAAAUGACCCUAACAGAGAUGAUUUGGUUGUAGGGCAUUAACUACAGUACAGCAGCUCCUUUGAGAGAGAUAGGAGAUAAACUGAAACCACCUGCAAACAAGCUGUAGAUGUCUGCUGUAAUCAAACCAUCUUGUGCAAAAAGAAAACAAAACUGCAUGAAGAUAAUCUUGUUGUAUUGUGGAAAAACAAGAGUCCUGAAUGUGUGCAGAUGAAGUGGGGAAGAAAACUGAAGAAUGAAACAGAAGGAUGAGCUGAGAGUAACCCAGAGAGAGGCUCACCCAUCUGCUGCAGAGAGGAAACAGAGGAGGGCCGUAAAGAUUUCUGCAGACCCCCUGCAGCGAGACACCACUAUGGAAAUACUAAUUAUUCUCUGUCUCAUUCACAGUCUCUUUCUGUAAAGAGAACCAUCUUCAGUUUUAGACUGUUUGCAGCUCUUUUCUUAAAGAAACAUGACUUCACCUGUCAGACUUUGGUCUUUAUUUUAUACUGAAGGUUAGUUUAAUCACUCCUGCAGACAAGCAGGCUAUAUAUGGAAGAUUGGAUGCUCACAUACUGAAAUACACUCGAAAGACUCUUGGGUUAUUUCUUCAACCCAAUUCCUGGGUUAUACGUGUUGAGUUAAAUUUCUGGAUUCUUUUUCAGAUCCAUACCCAUUUUUUUGAAUUGGUUAAUAAUUAUGGGUUAUUUUUUUGAGAGUAACCCAACAAUUGGGUCAGAACGUAAGCUACUGCAUCUGUGAGGUCUUUGUCUUCAAUGUUUUAUUGUAAGGCGUUGCGCUAGAGAAAGCAGACUGAAUGGUCGGCUGUUUCGGCUGCUCAAGCGCCAUGGGCUCCUUGUUCCACUCGGGGUUUGUAACCUUUUGCAUUGCGCGUGCUCUGCUGCAUGUCACUGCUUUAGGUGGUGAAAAAGAUUUGAGGUAUUCCCCGACUUUGCUAUUACAUGUACUGGCCAUAAUUUGCAGUGCACAUUACUCUGCUUCAUGUCCGACCUCAAAAAACCAAAAUACCUCCACACCGCCGACGUUUUCAUGCCAGUGUUGUCGACAAUAUCGUCAUCUGUUGAGCCUUUAUCUGCAUUUCUGCUGGGGGUAGCACUCAUUUUCUUUUUGUCUCACCGACAGUGCGGUUGGCUUCACUUGUUAAAGUGCUAUGGUUGCGUGUAGCUGCAGCCAGUUACUAAGCAGUUGUUUGCUACUUGGUUCUAAUUCAGCACAUGAUUGGUUCAGCACGAAGCAGACACAGAGCAACUCCCCUUUUUUUUGGCUAUUCGUAUAGUCUACCAAAACACGGCAGAAUGCCCACUAUCAAAAAGCAUUUUGACCAUGUUUUAUAUUGCUAUUGUAGGAAAUCAAUUUUUGAUAUCAUUAUCGUCUAUCGCCCAGCCCUAAAAGAGUACUAACAAACAUCUCUGAAAUGUGAGGAGAACAAAUUCCUGUAAUUCCCCCUGCUCUCCAGGAAGUACCUCCUUAUACGGUGGUCAUUGGCUUCUCAUUGGUGAGGAUUUGUGCUGGUUAACUAGCUGGAGUGUGCCGUCACUUUAACAUUGGUUGAAAUUUCAGUUGUAGAAAUUCAUGAAUUUCAAUUGUGGAAAUUCAUUUCUACAAUCAAAUCAGAUUUACCUCGAACCUUUCGCGAACAAGACCAGGAGUGUGCAUGUACAAAUUCAACAUUGUCAGAGAUCUGUGUCAAAUCUUGUUUAUCUAAGUGACUUGCAUUUUACAGAAGAGUUUUUGUUGCAUGGAAUUUUGCAAUGUCUCAAAUUAAGACAUCGGUAAGAACUGCUUUACUCUGUUAAUAUGGAUUUAAAAACAACAGACUCUGAUUUUGAAGAUACCAUCAAAUUUUGCUGCUGCAAGCAAAAGCAAUUUACAGAAGUGGCUUUAAAAGCUCUUCUAUUUAAGAUAAGAUACUCCUUUAUUAGUCCCAAAAGGGGGAAUACUUACAAGUCAUUUAAGCCAAAAAAGUAGAAAUAAAGUUUCCUUUUCUGUCAGUGUCCUCUUUUUUUAGGGAAAUGCUAAAGAAGCUUUUCAUCCUGCAGUUUUUGUGCAGUUCGCUCCAAGGACCCACAUGUGACCUGAUCUGCUGGUCUUGAAUAUCACUGCAGGCUGUGAUCAGACUCUGGGGGGGAGGGGGGGGGUCCUUGUAGCGUGUGAGUGUUUCUCUGUGAAAUCACAGUCCGCUGUAGCUGAAAGCACCCUUUUCUUCCUGCAGCAUGCUCUUUAAACACAGUGAAAUACUUUGUUGUAAGAUUUCAUUAAAAGAAUCAUAAGCUGUGUGUUUAUCUGCUGUGUUCAGAGAGGAUCCACAUAUUGACUUUCUGCUGUAACUGAUUCGACACCACUUUCUCCUCGCCUCGUUCAUUUCCUCCCUCCUCUCGUCUGCAGUUAGCCACAGCUGACUAAGCCUGUCUCUGCAGUGCUCUACCUGUGUGUGUGUGUGUGUGUGUGUGUGUGUGUGUGUAUUUAUGUGUGUGUGUACAUGUGUGUGUGAAGGAGGUCAUCAUCAGUGUGCAUGUAUCAGCGGCACACAUGGUGUCUCUGUGUUGGAUAAAUAAUCAGCCUCUCAUUGGAUAUGCCGUCCUGUUCUGUAUUAAGAGCUGCAGUCUCCUUGGUCAGCGCCGCUCAGUCUCUUACAGAAACACACACACACACACACACACACAUAUUCCCUCUAUCAUACACACAUACACUCAAAUAGAAACACACUGCACUCAUGCACAAAUGAACCACUUCCUCUCCCGUGCUCAAAGAGGAAACUUCAUUCAUGUCAGAAACAGAAACACACUCUCACUUCCUGAGUAUCACCGUUAACACCAGACUGAUAUCCAGCUGUAAUUGGUCUUUUAUGAAAGGUUUCAUGCAGAUACGUCGUCCAGCUGAGAAAUGACAGGAUUUCCCCGAGUGCAGCUCUGAAACAGCAGUCUGGCAGUCAUUAUUUAAAUUUGAUAGAAUUUUUCUUUGAUGUGAGUUCCUUUUGAAAGUGUAGACAUGCUUAUAUAGUGUUUUUAGACAUCUGUAAGCUCCCUGGAUAGAGAUUUCAGCAGACACUUAACAAGAAGAGUUUAAAUGUUUCCAUUUUUAACAUCCAGUAAAGUUCUUAAACAUACUAAUCAAUUGUCUGGAAAAAUUUGGGGUGCCCCAGAGGUCAAGCCUUGGGCCACCUCUUUUUCUAUUUUUCACAUGGAAUGCUCAUCAAACAUGUAUUUGGAACAUCCCACAGGUGAGCAGGCUAAUUGGGAACAGGUGGGUGCCACGAUUGAGUAUAAAAGCAGCUUCCCCAAAAAUUCUCAGCCAUUCACAAGGAAGGAUGGGACGAGGUUCACCACUUUGUGAACAACUGCGUGAGCAAAUAGUCCCACAGUUUAAGAACAACGUUUCUAAAAGUACAAUUGCAAGAAAUUUAGGGAUUUCAACAUCUACGGUCCAUAAUAUCAUCAAAAGGUUCAGAGAAUCUGGUGAAAUCACUGCACAUAAGCGGCACGGCCGGAAACCAACACUGAAUGCUUGUGACCUUCGGUCCCUCAGGCGGCACUGUAUCAAAAACUGACAUCAAUAUGUAAAGGAUAUCACCACAUGGGCUCAGGAACACUUCAGAAAACCACUGUCAGUAAAUACAGUUUGUUGCUACAUCUGUCAGUUCAAGUUAAAACUCUACUAUGCAAAGCAAAAGCCAUUUAUCAACAACAUCCAGAAACACCGCCGGCUUCUCUGGGCCCCAGCUCAUCUAAGAUGGACUGAUGCAAAGUGGAAAGUGUUCUGUGGUCUGACGAGUCCACAUUUUAAAUUGUUUUUGGAAAAAGUGGACGCCAUGUCCUCCGGGCCAAAGAGGAAAAGAACCAUCCAGACUGUUAUCGACACAAAGUUCAAAAACCAGCAUCUGUGAUGGUAUGGGGGUGCAUUAGUGCCCAAGGCAUGGGUAACUUACACAUCUGUGAAGGCAACAUUAAUGCUGAAAGGUACAUACAGGUUUCGGAGUAACAUAUGCAGCCAUCCAAGCAACGUCUUUUUCAUGGACGCCCCUGCUUAUUUCAGCAAGACAAUGCCAAGUCACAUUCUGCACGUGUUACAACAGCAUGGCUUCACAGUAAAAGAGUGCGGGUACUCGACUGGCCUGCCUGCAGUCCAGACCUGUCUCCCACUGAAAAUGUGUGGCACAUUAUGAAGCGUAAAAUACAACAACGGAGACCCCGGACUGUUGAACAACUGAAGCUGUAUAUCAAGCAAGAAUGGGAAAGAAUUCCACCUUCAAAGUUUCAACAAUUAUUCUCCUCAGUUCCCAAACAUUUAUUGAGUGUUGUUAAAAGGAAAGAUGAUGUAACACAGUGGUAAACAUGCCCCUGUCCCAACUACUAUGGCACAUGUUGCAGCCAUGAAAUUCUGAGUUUAUUAUUAUUUGCAAAAAAAAUAUAUAUAUAUACAUAUAUAUGGGUUUGAACAUUAAAUAUCUUGUCUUUGUAGUAUAUUCAAUUGAAUAUAGGUUGAAAAGGAUUUGCAAAUCAUUGUAUUCUGUUUUUAUUUACAUUUAUCACAAUUUCCCAACUUCAAUGGAAUUGGGUUUUGUACAUUUCAACAGGAAUGCUUGUGUGGGACUGAAUACAAAAACUACAGAGUGUAGCCAUUUGAGGUUGUUAGUGAGGCUGAUUAUUGCCAUCAGGUGAAAAAGAAGGAAACUAACCAGUUAAGAUAAAUUAGAUUAGUGGGUUAAGUUAUGGGGAAAAAAACAGUCCACUGUAUGGUUGCAUGAUUUGUGGUUUUGGCCCCAGCUGGUUGCAUCAGAGCGGCUCAGGUGUUGCAGAAGAAGCAUGAAUGAAUAAAUGCAUCUGUAUGAACAUGAAGCUGCUGCAGAACAGAGCUCAGAUUAAAAAAACUGAGGUUUCUGUCGACCUCUGAAGCUCAGCAGUCAAACCAAAGCUGCUGGAACCACAGCGCUGCAACAUGACUGAGAAAGAGAGCUAAUAUGAGUAAUAACAUGACGUCUCCGCUCUGUGGAGGGGCGCCUGAGUCCUAUGUGUGUGUGUGUUAUUGUGAAUGUGUGUUUGCAGCUGGUUAGUAGCCAGAGUCCCCUGUCAUCGCAGAGAUAAAGCAGACAGCUGACACAGUCCUGGGCUCCUCUUUAUCUGCGUGUUGUUACAGCUUAACUCGACCAACCAGCAGUGAGAGGAGGGGAGAUAAGGUGAAACGCCCGUCAUCAUCAUCCUGCUUCCCUGAGGCUGAGACUCACACAGAAACGUGUGGCCUGAGGAAAGCCUGGCAGACACGCUGUGCUGCUGACAACUCAACACAUUCACUACUUUUCAGGUUUCAAUUCCCGUUUUGUUGUGUUGAUCAUUCCUGUCAGACAAAUUAAGACAUUCCCACUGCAUAGACAGCUGUUCUUAGAGUGACGUGAAAUGGGUUAGGUUAGGUGAUUCUCUGGUCACAAACUCUGAUCCAGUAAUCCUGUGACUAUCAGGGAUUCCCCCUCAUAGAAAAUCAUGGAGGCAGCCACUUCUGUCAAAUUUUGCACCAUCAGUUACCUUUCCUCAAAGUCUGACAGAUGUUUUCAGGAAAAAAAAAACAAAACAAAACACUGUUUUCCAAAGACUGCACCUGGUGGAUUUGUCGUUUGUAAGUGCAGUUACAGCACUAACGUGGUGAGUGAGCAGCAGGAAAGUGUCUGCCAAAACUGACAAAGAGGAAGUGAAAAGAAACCUCCAGAUAGGACUGUUUUUACUGCGAAAUUUGUCCAAAUGGUUGUUGAGCUGUUUUAUAGUCUUUCUUCUUUCUACUGUUAUCUGUCUUAUUUAAUCUGUAUCACCCCACAGGAAUUAUCGUAGACUCUCAAGGUCUGACAUUUAAGAUAUUAUUAUAGGCCAUAAAUACUCUACCCUCUUAGCUGAAAGCGAGAUUGUGGUGGAUCUUAAGAUGUACCCUGUGAGAAAAGUCGUUUUAUUUGAAGUGUGUGAUCCCAAAAGUUGAAAUGACCCACUGGACACCAGCAGUCUGCUCUAUUUUGUCUGAUUUGUCUAAUGGUCUCCAUUAUAAGCACAAAUACAUUCAUUCAACUGUUUUUAUUGGCUGAUCUCAACACUAAACAAACACUAAGUCAGUUGGUAACACAGAACGGCCAAAGAGAAACGUUUGACUUUCCCUGGAUUGAUUUCUGGUUUUAAAUCUUGGGGAAAUGGCUCUGAGGCUGAGCCAUAAUUGAUUCAAACUGCAGAUUAAAGAGAGAGAGAGUGAAGAUUAAAAGGACUUGAGAAGGAGAGAGAGAAUUUAGAUUGUGGCUUUUGAAUUUGACUGAAUGUUCCUCUAAAAUCCCCUUCAGUGGGUAGUCCUGGAGUCUAACCAUGAAUCUGUAUUCUUGAACUGGUCCAGAGUCUGCUGGUCUGCUCCCAUGGAGCUCCCACAGUUCCCACUUGGUCCUCUCUGUUUAUUUUCCGUUUCUCAUACUCAGCCAAUGCCUCGCUAAACUGCAGUGCUGCUGAAUCAAUAGCGCAGUGAGAGCCAGGCUACACCCACAGGCUCCAGUGAAGCAUACACUUCACAGACGUCUUAAAAAUCAGCCUGUAAUGUGUUUCAGUCAGCAGACAAAGCCGCGGCAGGCGUGGGAAUGAUGUAUUUUUCAUCACUCGGGGAUUGUGCUCCAAAUCUUCCUCUCUCUUUGCCUCUCCGGCUGCUCUGAUCUCUCCUUGCUGCCUAUCUGAGAGGUAUCUGUAGCUCUCGUCCUCAACCACCAAAGAGUUUUUUCAUUCACUCAGUCGCCUCGGCUGUCCUCGCUGCGCGCACGUCUGCCCUUGAUAAGAUUAAUUAAGCGUUCAGUACAAAGAUUGUCAGAGUUUCAAGGUAGUUGGACCGCCGCAAGCCGGCUGUAGGUCACCUGCACGCCAGAUGCAGCUCAAUGGAGCCUGUGGGAGCCAUUCUCACUGCGGGCCUUCUUGUCCUGAUACCAGCCACUGCCCUGGCAAAGCCCCGAGCUGCUGUUAAUCAAAGAGUGGGUUUCAUCUGGGACCACGGGGGGAAGUGGCAGAAUCCCCCGACCCCGCCCCUUCAGCCUCCACACAGUAAAUCUCUGCUUAAUUGUCUCUUUGCAUGCCUCAGUUGGUUUUCCAGCUGAUGUGGCUGUUGAAUUCUUAAUGUGCCCUUUUGUGGUCCGCUUUCAACAGCUAUCACCUUCAAGCCUCAAAUCUUAAUGGGGGGUGUCUUCACUUUUAUUUUCACGGCUGUUCAGCAGGGAAGACGCUGUUUUAAGGCUGAGCUAAUGAAUCAGUGUAAAUCAUCCCAGGAUGGAUCCUCUCUGAGUCCCUGCUGCACUGAGAGGAAAUCUAACCCCUCUCCCUGCAUGGCUGAGGGGAGUUAGCACCUGCUGAGGCGGGGGGGGCUCAUGUGUGAGUAAACAGUAAAACCCUGGCACCGGGACAGAGGGUUUUAAUGCAGAGCAGAACGACGGUGAGGUCUCAUUACAAUUUUGGCAGGAGGUGAUGCAUGGACAGGCGGGCCGAGCCCCCAGCCUCAGUAGCCACACAUGCAGAGCUGCCUGCGCAAGCUCCGGUUUCAUUCAGGUGAUGAUUCCCCAGAAGCAGGAACCCUGGGGAGGGAAAGAGAGACAGGACACCUAGGUCUUGUGUCCAAGACACUUAAACUGUGUUUCCACAAAGAGAACUUUCCACAGGACCACAACCCUUGGAGGAAUCGACUUAGUUUCCACCAAAGGGGUCUAAAUUUAGUUCCAUGGACAAUAACCCUCAAAAAGAUCCCUGCUAGGGUUUGCCAAAGGAAAAAUCCACAUGCAGUGUUGAAGAAUUUCUGAUUGGUCACUGAUCUCAUGCACAAAGCUACUGAAGACUACUCCAAAUGUUGACUCUGCCUUUUUCAAGAGGUGUUUGAGUUUAGUUAACUUCACUAUUUAAUGCUGUUGAAAUAUUUUUGCUGUUGUCAAAGGAUUUUCUUUUUCACCAAAAAUCAUGUAUGCCUCCUUGCACUAUGGUAGCACUUUCUCUGGGUGUUAUUUCCUGUUUUAAAAGUGCCAAACAUGAGUGUUGCAGGGCUUGACACUUAUAUGUGCUCCUUGUGAAAAAAGUAAGGAGCACACAAAGAAAUUAAGGGGCACAAUGAAAAUGAUCAAAUAAUGUUUAUCUUAUUGGUCGGCAUAAGUACUAUUGUUUGAAAUCGAUUUUAGGUCAAUUGGUCAUGUGUAAUGGAAGCUAUUGAAGGAAAACGGCCUUUUUUGAGAACAUCAACAGGUAAUUUAUUGAUGGUCCCUUAUUCAACACGAUGUUGACAGCAAGGAUGUCAAGUAGAUUUAACCGUGCUGCUGUUCCCGGUUAUGUGAGUGAGAAGACACCGGUAGAUCCGCAGUGAAUGCCCAACCCAAAACUAACUUCACCGCAGUAUUUACAUGAAAAGAAUUUGUUGCGCACAUGUACCCCUAAGUACAUUUUACAUCUGCACACAUCUGUUUUUAGUCGCAAAUGCGAGUGAAAUGGUUGCACCAUCGAGCCCUGUGUUGACAUAAAAUGACAACCUAUUACUAAAUAAAAACAGUGUAUUAAAAGAAACAGCCCAAAAAGACUGUUUGUUUGUUUUCUGCUCCUUGAAAAGACGAAUGUGUUCGGGACAGAGAGCGAGAUGAGGGGAUGAUGAAGGACGGAGUGAAUUAUAGAUAGAGUGAAUGUUUCUGGCUGUGAGUGAUUGCAGUCUAUGGAGCCCAUCUCAAUAGAGGAGUGACGUAAAAUCAAUGAGCAGAGUGCAGCCUAAUCGAUGUUGCCAUGAUGACUGUGUGGAGGGCACUGAGCGUUUGUUUUAUUUGGUUAGCCUGCGAGGUCACCCUGUGUUUCCUCUGAUACAGCCUCUCUCCUCAUUAUAGGCUCUGUGCUCUUUGUUUAUUAUUCUAAUGUAAUAGUACUGCUUCUGCUCUGUUAGCGCACUCAGAGUGAUCAACACGUCUCUCUCUCUCUGGCAGGUUUUCCUUCCUCAUUUCAUUUUGUCUCUGCAGAGAAAGUCUCAUUUCUAAGGGAGCGCUCUGCAUAUGUUAUUCAGAGAAAAGCUAACGAGACGUUCACUCACUGCAGCGAGCUGAGUCGGCAGGUCUCUGUGACCUUGGUGUGAGUGAGUGUGUGUGUUGGUGUGUGUGUGUAUGUGCCUCUGGAGGAGCUUGUGAUAGCAGAGCCGAGUCUUGCAGAGAGGCCAGAGGAAGAGUCUGAUAUAUUAUUGAAAGGUUAUUGGACUUAGUCCCCAGACUUGGUCUUGUAUAGAUAAUAAUAGCUACACUUUCCUUAGAGUGGUGCUUACAGGAGAUGGGAGGAGGUACAUUACACUUGGAGCAGAGUGAUUCAUAAAAUCAGAGACCGGAUGAAGCUGGAGCAGAGGUUGACACAUGGAGUUGGAGUACUUUUAAAAGUCUCUUAGGUCACUUUGACUCAUAGUUUGAUAGUUUUUAACUCUUGGACUUUUUUCUGAAAACCUCUUCAAACCUUCUCAGGUUUAAUUUCCACACUCAGUGUUCAGAUUACACAUCCAAACACCGUCAGAGCUGUACUCUGGAUCUUAAAGAGGACUCUUUCUGCUCAUUUUCAGCUCUAUACUUUUAUUCCAGGAUCUGACUAAAGUAGCUGUGCAUGAUUCACAGUUCACUAAAGUCUGCUGGAAACAGUUUUAAGCAUCUUACAUACAAGCACUUUCUGCAGCCCCUCAGUCUGGCUCUGCUCUGAAACAUGCCUUUUCAUCUCACACUUGCAACCUCUGUGAGCUCUGCAUAUAACUUCAAGAGCAUUAUUGAGCGGAGCGGUUUGAAAACUGCAGUCACACUAACAGAGCGACCACGAUCCAGAACAGUGGAGAUUUUCGCAGUACACCAAUCCUACCGGAUCCGUUUGUGAGGUGAAUUACAGACAGCAGGAAUCGCAAGAACUCACAAGUACCCGCGGAUUCCCGUGCAAUCGUGCGAUAUGUUUGUCUCUAUAAAGACAGCCACAUAACCAUAUUAGCAGAAGAUUGUUCCACUUUUAAACUUUUAGAAUCAGUAUCUCCUUAUCCAUGGUGUCAUCGGGGUGAAAUGCCAUCUAAAAACAUUUCACUUGUUUGUCCCUGCCUGUUUGCAUGGUGUGAAAUACGAUCCACCUGAAACACAGAUUUGACUUUGCCCAACUUCCUUUCCAGCACGGGUUAAUCUGUGCUGAAUUUAUCCAGCAUUCUCCAGUGUCAAGAAAAAAUAGAACUCUUGCGAUCAGCUGCGGAGUCUGGAACGGAACGGAAAGAAGCCGGUAGAAAUUGACACAUGAACUUUAAUGGUUAUGAUCAGCUGCGAUCAGCGGAUACAGUUUUUUUGUAGCUUCAAACAAGCCAUCGAAAUGGGAAAUAACUAUAGUUUAAACAGAAUGCUUGGUUUGUUGUGUCGCUUAUUUCACCUCUUUUUAGUCGUCUGUUGCUACCUCAUUCUGGUCUGGAGCUGAUUUUAUCGCGUGAAGUGCAAAUUGAUCUUCUAAUGAAUAAGCAGUUUCCACAAUCGGGAAAGCAGUUUGCACACAGAUCCUUCUUUUUUGCAUGAACAGAUGCUCAAUUUUCAUGGGUUGAAGUCCUCUCACAUCAUGUGGUGAGUUCAAAGACCUGCAAAAACAACUGAAAAACGACUGUGCAUGAAAUGGUGUGUUGCAGUGCUGAUUCUCUACACUCAUGGAGCAUUACUGACGGGGAAUUCAAGGGGGAAACUCCAGGGUCAAAGGUUAAUGUGGCCUCACACUGAGUCUGACAUAAUGAGGUCAGAGCUGAACAGAGCCAAAGUGUGUUCGUGGUUUUAAUGGUCCACACUCUUUGUGUGAAACAUACAGAUAACUUGAAGAAGUCCUACGCCUCCCUUUUCUUCACCUGUGGCCACUUGGUGGUCUGUACCGCUGAGGCACAACAAGCAUAAGACAUCUACAACUUCUUCACACCCACACUAUUCUGUGCAUCAAUCAGAGCUCCUGAUGAAGUGUUACAGCCCACGCGCGGCAGGUCCAGCCCUUGCAUUGGCUCUCUCUCUCCUCAAUAGUUGAAGCAAAAGCUGACUAAGCCAGGAGGACACAUUCUUAAAGUGAAAUCACAUCAGGGAAGUUUUCACUGAAGAGUCUUCUUUAGCUUUUUGCAAGUGUAAGGUAAAUUCACAGAACUACACUUCUGACAACUGACACAGCAGAGGAGGUUGAACUUAAUGAAGCUAAAAUAUGCUUGGUGGCUAGACAUUACACAGAACAUUUUGUUUUAUAUUAAUGUGGGGAGUAGGGCUGGGCAAUCAAAUAAUAAUGAUGUAUAUCGAAAAUUGAUUUCCCUCAAUAUCAGUAUGAAACAUGGUCAAUAUGCUUUUCGAUAGCUGGCAUUCUGCCAUGUUUUGGUGGACUAUACGAAUAGCCACCAUAGCCUAUACUCAAAGUGGAGUUGCUCCAGGUCAGCUUCACACUGAACCAAUCGUGCUGGAUUAGAACCAAGUAGCAAACAACUGCGUAGUAGCAGGCUGCAGCUACACGCAACUAUAGCACUUUAACACGUGAAGCCGACAGCACUGUUGGUGAGAAAAAAAAGAAAAUAAGUGCCACCCCCAGCAGAAAUGCAGAUGAAGGCUCAACAGAUGAUGACAUCGUCAACAACAUUGGCAUGAAAACGUUGGUGGUGUGGAGGUAUUUUGUUUUUUUGAGGUCGGACAUGAAGCAGAGUAAUGUGUGCUGCAAAUUAAGUUGAGUACAUGUUCCGGCAAAGUCAGAUAUACCUCAAAUCUUUUUCACCACCUGAAGCAGCACCACAUGGCAGAGCCACGCAAUGCAAAAUGUUACAAACCCUGAGUGGAGCAAGGAGACCAUGGUGCCUUUGUAGGUGAAACAGCCGACCAUUCAGUCCGCUUUCUGUAGCGCAAAGCCUUACGACAAAACGUCUAAGAGACACAAAGACCUCACAGAUGCAGUCGCUUAUUGUAUUAAAAAGACAUGCUACAAAUAAGCACUGUUAAAUUUCAUUUUUUAUACCGAGAUUAAUAUCUAUAUUGGCUGAUAUGAAAAAAAAUAUUGUGAUCAACUUUUUCCCAUAUUGCCUAGUCCUAGUAGUGAGACAGGGUUUGUUUCAUUGGCCCCAUCUUGAUGAUCAGACUCACAGUCUUGGCUUGGAUCAGGUCUUUUACACCAGAGAGACUCUGCUGCCGAGACUUGAUGCAUCAGCGUGAAACAGUACUUUAAUGUCAGAGAUUGUUUUGUCUGAAGAUGAAGACCCGGCUGUGUUUGCGUUCACUCGGUUUCCUGUCACUCCCAGAGUUGUGCAGAAUUUUUCAAAGUGUAAGAGUAAGCUCUCACCUCGAGCGGCGUCUCAACACUUUCACUCAAAGCCUUUAUUGCUUGUAGCACCAAGCCUGAAAGGUGGGAGCGGUGCUGAAUUAAUUCUAAACACACGCUUCACCUCUGCACAGAGCUCGCUGAUGUGAUGCAGGAUUUAGUCCCCUGUCAACAACACACUGCCGAGUGCACACACAAAACCAGCAGCUAAUCUCCAUCCUCUGCGCCGUGUGAAACUUUAUGCCCUGGUUUAAAGAGGCAGAUCAAAAGAAGUUUAACUAAAGACAUUCAGCUAAAGAUGAAAGAAGCUUUUUAGAUAGACAGAGCAGAGGAACAGGUCUGAUUUUAGAUGGACUACAACUGAGACCAUGAGGAAACACCGGAUAUCCUCAGACCUUCAGAACUUGUUACUUUUGAAGAUUUCAUUAAAACCAGAUUCACUCGCAGUUUCUACAAGGUAAAAUGAGAUACCAUCAGAAUUCAUGAGUGUGUUUUACACACCAAAGCAGAGCUGCCCUUGAAUAAAAAAAAAAAAAAGGUUUCAGAUCCUCCAAAGUUCAUGUACUGGGGCUGAAUCAAAGUGCAGUUCGAUCAGAGUACAGGACCUGCUAGUUAUUGAUGUACAUUAUACAUUAGCCGGUGGAAUCUGCAGUGUAGAGCUAUGAAGCAGAUGAAAUGCUGAGCUGAAACAGGCCUUUUUAACACCUUCAAUGCACUACAUAUUUUCAGCAGAGUAUCAAGAUUUCUUGUGUUCAGUCUGAAGGAUUUCAUUUUCUUGUUACACAUGUUUUGCAAACUUGAGGUGUUGUUUUCCACAAUCACAAAGAAAAAACAUCCACAUCUGAGGCUGGAUUUUUAAUUACCCUCUCAUCAGCUUGUUGCAGCUAAACUUGUUGCUCUUCCUUUCUGCAUGAACCGGUGGAUCACAAACUGCUGCUAUUGUGUGAUUUAUAGUUUUGCUGAUAAGUGAAUAAAAACAACUUUUAUCGGUUAUUCUAACCAGAUGAUUGUUGUUGUAAAAUUGAAAUAUUCCCUUUAUCAGCUGAUUAUUGAUUGAUCUAUUACAAGUGCAUCCCUCAUUUUAAUGCCUUAUUGGCUGGAAGAGGAUCAAUAAGCGUAAAUAAGGAGAUGAAAAGAAACGAGGAAGGACAUGCACCUCAUAGAGAGAGAGAGCAAGAUUAAUCUUGAUAUCACUGACUUUUCGUUUGCCCUUGCACCAUCUCAGUGCAGCUGAGCCGAAUCGAAGAGAAUUGAUGAGGGUCAAUAUUUGCUUCUUAUUUUUGUGUUUGCAUUUCAAAUCGUGUUUGCAAAAAUAAUGUAAUUAAGGCUGGGUGAUAUGGCCUCAAAUCAAUAUCAGGAUAUAUUGAGCAGUUCACCUCAAUAACGAUAAAUGGACUGCUCCACAAGCUGAUCACCCCCUCCCACAUUAACUUCGUCUACUUCAGCCACCGCUACAACUUUUGAACCAUCCUCCAUCUCCUCACCUGUCUUUCCCUCUUUGUUAAGGACUGGAUGGGGUGGAGUCACGUCUCUGAUGUAGGACAGCUUCUUAAAGGGACAUGAGACCAUAGCCUACCUACACACAUCCAAAACCAACUUUUAUUUAUUUAUUUUUUGACACCGAAUAUACCAAUAAGGGCAAAAUGACGACAGUUAUUGUCGUAAAUUUUGUUACCGGUAAACUUUCUGUUUAUUGCUUAACCCUAAAUGUAAUCACUCUUUGCAUAUUUACUUCAGAUCCUGCAGGUUUAAACAACAUGCACAAUCUUUUUUGUUGCACAUGACAUGAAUGGCUCCUCGUGCAAACAUGAGGAAAAUGAGGAGAAACCUGCCUCACAGUGAAAACCCAAAAGGGGUCACCACAGAUGAACCACCAUGAAGUGACACUAAGACUACUUCUUUAGAUGUAACCCUUUUUUUUAGCUUCUUCACUUUCAUGUCUUAGGCCUCAGAUGCUAAUGAAAACCCUUAUGAGAACUAUUUACAGUUCUAUCCUCUUCACAUCCAUCAGCAUGGCUCAAUAAGUUUGGUUUUAUGCUUUCACAGACAUGAUUAGCUGCUCAGAGAAAAUGAUUCAUCUCUAUGUAUUGAUCUGUUGCAGCACAGGGGGAGCCAGCUGACGGACAGCUGGCCUAUCAAUAUGCUCUGAAUCAAGAGUUAUUAGGCAGGAUGAAAAUAUAUCUAAUCCAGUAAUAUACUCACAUUUUCACUGGUAGUUAAGGAUGACAGGGUUGAGGUUUUUGUGGAUGGAAUUAUGAGGAUGUGAUUUAACGCUUUAUUGAUUAUUGGUGCAUGAUUGUGCUGAUAGUCCAUAAAGUAGCACAGAGGUUAAUCCAUUCACUGUCUUGUUUUCUUUUUUCUCUCUGUUCUCUCAUUCCUCUCUUUCUGUUUUUUCGUCCCUCUCUGCUGGUGGAGGUGGAGAAGGGUUAAUGAAUUACCAUCUCUGGACUGUAAUGGGAGCCAUUAAUGGCUACAGCAGCCGUAAAGGUUAUCAUAAACACAUUUGCCUCCCUUUAGUGUCUGUAUGUGUGAGAAGACGAGGGAGAAAUGACUCACUUCCAACCUUAUCAUUUGCUUAAAUUAUCUCUGUGGAUGCAACAUUACAGGCUGCAUGGGAGAGAUGCACCAGGUAGUUAUUGAAAAACAUAAGGAAGUCAUUAUGGAGACGCCAGAGUAAUUCAGGUUUUUUGUAAGUAAAAUGCACUGAGAUGGAAAGGUUUCCUGUGGUUUUUACUCCGCUCACAAUCAUCUCUUUUUAUUCCAACGUAACUAUUUCCUUUGGCAGUGAGUACAAAAGUUUACCUUUGGAAUCAAUCUCUGGCAGGGUUAUUAGAAAGAUGUGUACACUUCUGUCAAUAACCAUGAGAAAAGGCUCUAUCAUGGAGUUGAUCACAUUCUCGAUGCUAUCUUCUGAUUAGAUGCAGAUAUCAUGUUGGACUGGAUGAUGAACUCAUUAGAAUUCAGUGGUCAAAUUGUUUAGGCCGGUGUGAUCUUUUAAACUAAUGACUUGAUCCUGAUUUAUUGCCCUUGCAAACAGAGUUAAAGGAAUAUUCUGAUAAAAUAAUGCUGUGAUGAGGACGCUGUUGAAGAAAACUCUUGAAAAGACAUCUUUUUUGUGUGUGUUCGCCAUUUAUUUAGAUAGGAAGGGAUAAGACAAGAGAUGUGGGAAAGGGGCUGUAGAAAUAUCUGAAUCCAAGGCUGUCUCUGGAUAUUGGGUGUGCUGAAACACACACACACACACACACACAACAAAGACAACUGAACUUUAUCUGAAGAGUUUUCCAAAGAUGAGCUGAUAUUAGCUUACAGCAGAAAUCCUCCUCGAAAAGUCCUGGCAAGAAGGUCAAUGGGGUCCACAUAGAUCCACGUAGAUCCAUAAUAAUCCUAGAAAAGGGGCACAUUACUGGACGAAUAAAGCUAUUUUAAAGACAAGAACAGAGAAGAUGUGUGCACCUCUGUCCAUUUGCUAAAAAAAUAUAUGAUAAUGUAAAAACCGAGGUCAAGGGUGUCAUUCAGUGAUCGGGUGACGGUGAGAGCACCCUCUGCUGGAUCAAACAGCAAGCUUCCUCAGAUAACCUGAUGAGCUAAAAAACUGUAUAUGUUUAACAUCUUAUAAUUAAAGUUUGAAUAUAAAAAUGUUUGCAAAGUAAUAAGCUGAUGAAACUCUCCUUUCUUUUUUCACUGUGUCUGUGUGUAAACCUCCAAAAUGAAGACAGAGUCCAUCCUACUUCUCUGUUAAAGAUCCAUCAGGCUGUUUCUUAACCAGGAGACCUGAGGCAGCUGAGUCGGAGAUGAUUAGUUUCUCCCAUGACUGCACUGUCAGUGUUCACUAUCACAGCCCAGAAUCCUGCACAGGCUCUUGAGUGGUCUGAAUCAUUUCCAACUGCUUUAUAUUGAUGAAAAUUUCACUUCUGAUUUGAGGCUUCAUCAGAUCAAGCAUGCAGAGAGUGUACUAGAUUGGAUGCCAGCGUAUGAGCUGUCACUUACAUUCAGGAGGUAAUCUGCGUCUUGAUUCCUUUCAUAUGAUCUUGUUUGCUCAUUUAAUAGCUUAAUGUUUGUUGAUUUGUCCCUGAAGGACCUUUAUGGAGAUUAUGAGCCAUAACCGGAGAUGAAUUUCUUCUUUUAUUGGCUUUUAUGUUUCAUCCAUUAGCCAAACAGUUGUCAGGUGAGUGGAGCUGAGCGCUGUUGUGUCUGCCUGUUGUUGUUUCCAUGGAAAUUUCUCUUGCGGCACAAAAUGCACACACACAUGCACAGAAUCACUGCAGGGAUGUGAUGUUGCUAGGCAACAUGUUGAAGACAAUAGAGGAGGGUAAUUGGUUUAGUGCUGAUUCAAAGGGUUAGAGGGUGUUGGAGUCACACCGGGGUCGACCUCCCUCCUGUCGCCUCCUCUUGUCACCUUUGCUCCUGAUGAACUUGAGCUUUGUGAAAGUGAAGCUCAGCCCAGUGAAGUGGGACAAAGGCCUGCACAAGCCAACACUUAGCCCAUUUAGCAGCAGGAACAAAGGAAUAAAGGAGCAUUUAUCUCAAGGGGAUUUAAGCCCUUCACCUCUGUCUGCAGCCUUUCACUGCAGCUCAUUUCCAGCGACCUUGAGUGUAGCCUUCAUUCAAAACAAAAAAAAAAGAAACGAUGUGUUGAUGGCGGUUAGUGUUUGCUAAUUAGGCUCUAUCGUCCCGCUAACUGGCAGCGAACAGCCUCCAGAGAUUUAUAGUUUGAUAAAACUCAGUCGCUGCUGGUUGUCCAUCAGUCGGAGCAUCCCGCUGAGUUUCUGUGUGAGAUUUGGCAGAAUUUCCAAAGUCUUGAAAGCCGAAUGAGUGCUUUGUAGUUUCAGUGUGUCUGUAAGGUUAUAUUAGACUCUCUCUUCAAAUAAAUUCUCAAUGUAGGUUGUGGUGCGAUAAUGAAACUGUGGAUUAAAUCCAUCAGCAUCGUUGUCAUGAACUUAAUGUCUUGAAAGCACAUCUAAGGGGGCUGACAAGGCCAGACAAACAGUUUGGGAUUGGCAUGUGUCAAGAUGCCACAUGUUUCUGGAGUCCUGUCGUUUGUCCUUGUAAAGACGGCUCCUUUUGAACUGAAAAUCUUUCGAAAAAGAGUCUUUUUUUACCAAACCUGACCUUCACUAAGAUGCAUAACUACAUCCAAACAAACCGCACCACUUGGUUGUCACGGCAUAAAACCAUAUUGUUAUACUAUCUAUCUAUCUAUCUAUCUAUCUAUCUAUCUAUCUAUCUAUCUAUCUAUCUAUCUAUCUAUCUAUCUAUCUAUCUAUCUAUCCAUCCAUCCAUCCAUCCAUCCAUCCAUCCAUCCAUCCAUCCAUCCAUCCAUCCAUCCAUCCAUCCAUCCAUCCAUCCAUCCAUCUGUUACAGGAAUAUCUGGAGGACUUGUUGCACCAACAACUUCCACCCUAUUGGUCGAUCUUUGAGAGAAAUGAAGGGCAAGAGGUCUGGUGCUGACUUUUCAGCUGAAAGGCUGCAUGUGAAGUCGAUUGUACUCCAGAUUCCCUCACCCUGAUUUCAGUUUUGACCUUUACAAUGACUCAGAAAUUCUCAGCAGAGACUCUAAAAGUAGCUGUUAGCUCCCCUUUCUUUCAGAUAACUGAAGAGGGAAAGCAUCUGAAGUCAUGAGCAGGUUUUUAUUUGAGAUCUAACAAAAUGUAGGUGAUGAAUUCAUGUAACCCCCCCCCCCCCCCCCACAUAAAUAAUGUGAAAUGUGCAUGUCCCAUUCUUUUUUUGUUCCUCUUUUUUUGUGUAACAUUUUUCGUAUAGGACUAAAUGAUCUUUUUUUUAUACUUAUCUGUGCACUGUGUGCAUGAUGAGUGUACUUAUUCUUCUACGUUUGCUGUGCUGAUCACUCUUUGCUGCUGUAACACUGCCAAUUUCCCUGCCAUGCGAUGAAUAAAGAUUUAUUUUAUAAAUCCAAAACCUAAGAAAGCAGAACAAACAGCUCUAAUACGAUUGAAAGCCUGAGACCUUAGGGAGCGACGUUUUUGGAUCAGAUGUUCUUCUUUAAUGACACUGAAGGCUCCUGAAGAGUGCUUUGGGACUAUAGUGCUGUAUCAUCUGUCAUCUGCUCUUAAUCUUGUUAGUUUGUAAUCUGGAAUAGGCGAGGGAUUAGCCAUUCAGGCUGGAAUGUAAGUAGAUGGAAAUGCUGCCGAUCGUGUUUCAUCCUCCGCUGUCCACUCCUCUUUGGUUCUGCAGUAGAAGGAGCUGAGACUGAUGACUUCCUGCUGGCCUGUCUGCUUGAAUCUUUUCCUACAGGAGUGCUGCGUGGUCCUGAUCGUAUCCGAACAAUCUCACUCUGUGAAAAUGAUGGAUUCUGGGAAAAGGGCUCAAGGAUUUGAAAUUUUUUUCUUUGUGUUUUUGAAGUUGUUCUUGUAUUGGUGGGUUUGACUCGACACAUCUAAAAUAAAGGAAAUCAUUUUUUUACUUUGACGGGAUUGAAAGCUCUGUUGUCGGUAGACUUUGGGGUUUUAUUGGAUUGUUCCCACAUGGUCAAACAUGCCCUCUAAAGAAACAUUUGGCCUCAACAAAGAUUUGGCUGUUCAAGUCAAACACUGAGUUACUUUAGUGCCAGCAGACCUCUUUUUUCAGCCCACUUUUUUCUUAUUCUGAAAAUUAUAAAAAUUUAGUAGCCUACUGACAUUCAGCCAGACAGGAAAACAUUUUAAACAACUUAUUCAGUUUUUUGAGUUACAUUGCCAACUUAACUUAAAUCAUUUCUCACAAACAAAAGUUCAAAUCAUCUUACAAGACAACAUUAGCAGCAGCUCAGCUCACAGCCCCCAAACCCCUUCGAAAGAGGGUCAAAGUUUCACAGAUUAUUAUUACAAAACUACGUUUCUAAACUUAAAGAAGCAUCAACAAACUCAGUUCACAGACUCUCCUCGUGUCAGGUACCUAAAAAAAUGUCAGAUAAACACUCACUUUUAUCAGUAUCUUUGAGAUUUGAAGUCCUCGAUUUGUUAGUUGUUUGUAAGAAGGGACACCAGUGUUUCCCCUAGAAUUUUUUUCAGCUCGGAAGUUACCCUUCACAUUGAUGGAAGAGGGUCCGACAGGAUUUGACGCGCUCGUUGAUGACUCAAAACAAGUCAUUAGUGGCGCAUUGAUAUUAAUGAUCAUGUGAAAUUUCAUUAGUGGUGCACGCAAUUCAGCAGCGGCAGUGCACUGCUGCUGAAUGAACGUAGGGGAAACACUGGGACACUAUUGUAAGAUUUGGUCGCUGGCACAAACCUCAUGAAGAAGAAAGUCUUUGUUGACAUGUUGUUAUAAAAAAGUGGACUACAGUCUAGUUAUAUAGCCUAACCAUAGCUUAUCUUAACUGUGCAUGAAGAAGAAGAAGCAGAAGAAGAAGAAAAAGAAGAAGGAGAAGAAAAAGAAGAAGAAGAACUUUAUUAUAAAUGUAAUGAUUAAAGAUAUCCCAAUAUAAAAUCAAGCUAAGCAUGAAUUGAAACGCUUUGAAGUAGUAGGCACUGAGCUGCUCGCAGCCCCUCCUGACACCAACAACUGUCAGAAACUGUUUUUAUCCCUUGAAUCAUCCUUUCUCAGUCACUCCAUUGUUUACAUUAUUAUAGUUUUUUAUAGUGACACCUCUUCAUGAAAUGGUCAUCUAUUCUUUAAAAUAACGUAAACUCACAGUAGGAUCCACUCGUCUGGUUUAAGGUGACUUUAGAGUCAGUCACUCACGGUCACACUCAGGAAAUUUACUCUGUAGUUUCAACACAUCACCCCUGACAGAUAUAAACAACAUCUAACUGUCUGCUUCCUUCCUGUCAUUGACUCCAGCUCCCAUCUCUUUAUUUACCCGUUUUGUUACAGAUUUGUGUGCUGUGGCCUCUCUCUGCACUCCCCGGUGAGUCACUGACAUUUGCGCAGUGCCCUUGAGCGUAGAAACAAGGCUGAGGUGCUUCUUCAAUAAUAACAGUGAGCGGGUGGGUGAGACGAUGAGGUGUAAAAGGCAUCAGACACACACCGUAAGCAAACACACCAAGAGAUCUGUUUGUGUCUUUGUUUAAAUCCAGAGCUCCUAAAGAAAUCAUGCUUCAGGUUUUUGACAGAACAAUGACAGCUUUUUGUCUUUGUUUGUAUGUACAGUAGAGCUAAAGUUGUUUGACACCGCUUUUUCAGCAGGAUUCAACAUGCGGGUGAGAUGCUGUCAGGGUACCAAUAAAGAUGGGAAACUGUUUGUUUUAGAAAGUCUUUUUUUCACAAUCUGCCACCAAUUUGGAAGGUUUUACAGACUUUGUAGUGAUCCCCAGACCCCCCAACAACCCCACACCUUGAAACUGCUGGUAUAUGUGGCUUGACAGAGAUGGACACUCAGGGCUCCUCUGUGUCACUUAGCCUCAUUAGCUGAAUUGAUUAGCUAACACAAUCAUUGAUACACCCACAGGGGGAAAUGAUAAAUGAUGGUGCUGAAAGCAGAGGUCACAGAGGCUCUGCUUGUUUGAGAGAGACUGCUGCCGUAAGCUAAAAUCAAGUGGAACUCUUGAGACCAAAGCGGCUUUAUUAGGAAGUUGACAGGGUUUGAAAGAUCUGUGCACCAACAUAGUGAUGGUAUUUUAGCUGUUUAAAUAGGACAAAUUAAAGUAAAUUUGAGUGUGAUUGGAUUAGCGCUCAGUGGACAUGCUUACAUGUGCAAAAUUCCAAAAAAUUUGAGGGAUCUGAAAAUCUGAAUCCACUGUUUAUCUGGGUGCAAAAUCAAACAAUCCGAUCAUGACGUGUGUAUACAUGCACCAAGUUAUAUUCAGAUUAGAGGCCUUCAGACAUGCGCAAUGUUGUCUAAUUUUUUAUGCAUGUGCUGUCAACAAUCAACAAACGUGGUCGUGGCUCACUCGAUCCAAUUCAGGAUUUUUCCCUCGUUAAAUGUUGUCACUAGAUGGCACCCUUGCAUACUUAUUUUACUGUUCUGUCAAAGGUUGCCCUGUGCUUGCAGAUGUGACAUCAUUACACUGUAUGUAUGCCUUCUUAUGUCAUCGGAGGAGCAGACAUGGCAUCUGCAGUUGUGUUAAUAAUGAAACCUCCUGAACUGACCUCAAUAAAUAAGCCAAAGGUUAAAGAGUGAGGAUCGAGUCAGGUUAGAGAGUCACGAUUGGAUUAAGUGUUUACUUGGACGUGUUUCGGAAUAACGAUCGGCAUAAACCACCUCUCUCGAUCGAAAUACAAUUUCUUUCCGAUUUAGCCGAAUUGGAUCAGAAUUUUCUGAUUCACAUGUUUUCAUGACACUUUUUUAUUCUGAUCGGACCUUUAUUCCGAUUAUUUGUGCCCAUGUAAAUGCAGCUAUUGAUUCAUCAUACUUUGGCUUCAACCGUCCAAAGACAAUAAUUAGACCCCCUCUUUUCAAAGUGUCUGUAGAAGUGGCCUCAGAUCAGUGUCUUUGAAACCCUUUAAAGCCUCUGUUCAAAAGCUCCAACACUCCAGAAGCUUCCUCCUCUGUUGCCAUGCUGCAAAGUCUUUCUCUUUCUGUCUGUGGGUGAAGAUGAGGAUGCUCUUCACACUCCCCUCAGUCCUGUACUCUGGUCUGCUGUGUGUUAGUCAGCCCGAGGAGAGAGAGGAUGAUGAGCAGAACAGCAGAUGAUGAAGCUCUGUACACUUGCUCAUCAGUUUGUCCUUUAGCGUGUGUGUGUGUUUGAGCGCUGUGUUUGAACUGCAAACAGUGUUGUUUGUGCCCCCCCCACACACACACACCCACUGUAAACAGCACCGUACCUGUGUGUGUGUGUGUGUAUCAGAGGAAUGCUGCUCUGCUGGUCUCGACAUGACACAGAGAUUUUGAAUGAUAGCUUUUUUUUUUUAUAGUAGCUUCAAAGGGCAGCGGUCCGUCCCUCAGCGGGUUAGCAGCAGCCUGUUUGCGGCGGGCUGAUAGAAACUCAUCCUAUGGAUUGAAGCAGAACGAGGAGGAUUUUCUGUACAUGCGUUUCAUUGACUUGAGCACAAAUGUUUUGCUGCAGAAAAUCAGCAUGGAGCUACACAAUCACUCUGCAGCUAUCAGCUUGUCUGCAAUCAUACAGAGCCUGUCUCAUUUUGCGACCUUGUUUUUGAGAUGCAGUCUCCCGAUUAGAUUAUUCCAACAUUUCAAACUCUGAGCUUUUUCUGCAAUUCCUGUGCUGCGAGGCAAAAAGUGUGUGUAGAGAAGUGAAUGAGCAACACAACAGCUGCUGAAGAGGUAACCUUGAGUGGGACACGGAGCCUCCAGCUGCUGCUGCUGUAGUACAAGGCUGUGAUUGUGUCUGAAUGUGCAGCGUGGAGUUCCUGUGAAAGAGCUCUGAACUUCUGCUGCUAAAUAAAGGUUUAUAAAAGCAGCCUGACAUAUUCAGCACCCUGGGUUACUGAGUACUCUGCUGUUUUUCUGUGAAGUCCUAACAAGCUGUCACAGGAGAUUAUGGCUGCGAUUUCAGCCACAACUGACAAACACCCACUCGGUUUGAACAUUAGUCACAUUCAGCGUUUCUCUGAUGAGGCAGAGAGAGAGAGAGUUUUUCACUGUUAGAUGAACUCUCCUCUGCGGCUCAGGGCGAGGAAACACAGCAGCAUCAAGCGUAAUCUGGAGCCAUCAGUGAAAGUUUUUCCUGUGUUCAUGUAUGUCCUUGGAUGGAGUCUGGAGAAAGGUGUUGGCAAAUGACAUUAAAUUUCAUAAGCAGUACAAGAUUAAGGACUAUGCUUGAGUUCAUGGUCAUAAAAAAUGUGCAGCCAGUCAGCUGUAGUAGCAGUCACCAUAUAAAAAAAAAAGCUGACUUGAGUUAACACUCAGCAAAUCUUCCCACCAACAGAGAGGUGGGAGAAGCCAAGGGGGGAAAACAGCUUCAGCCGCACCCUUAAUAAUACCAAUUUUACAUCAAUAUCAUCCUAAAUAUAAGCCUGUGGUUUCUAAAACAUUUAACCCUCGCAUACAGAUGCUAACUGUCUCUGCACCAGGCUAUAAACAUGGUUAUGUCUGCUGUAAAGAUUCAGUUUAGCAUGAGCUUUGCCUUUGCAUUCAGGCUGCAGGCAAGUGGCUGCUAGGGGUGAGGUCCCCCCUCAGCCCUUUACUGCAGGUCUCUCCAGUCUCUGUUCUCGAUUGAGUCCAUUAUAUCCCUCAGUUAAGGCAUAAAAAAGACCCAAAGUGAAUCUGAAACAAUUACAGAAGCUCAGGAAAGCUGGGACUGUUCUGGAUACUAGAUUUUAUAGUGUAAUUGAUUUGUCUUCAGACUUUGCCCAAAACUUUCCUAAAAUGAUCCUUCAUCUCUGGUACAAGCUAAACCUCAAGCUAAUUUCAGGAAACCAAUCAGCUCUCUGCCAGCAUUUGAAUCUGGCCAAUCAGGGAUGCGUCCAGCUUUUGGACAUGUGCACAAGAGAUGUUCCCUUUGUUCAAAAAAAAACCUUCUUUAGGGGCCACUGGAAUAACCAAGGUAAUAAUGCACUUGCUGUUUGUUUCAGAGGUCAGCAUGCUUCCACAGCUCUUUAUUUCCAUUGGUCAGAGGAGCAGGAGACUGACUUAUUCUGUUUCCAUCAUUAUGCUCUUCCACUGAGGUGCUGUAGACUCAUUAUUAAUGCCUUAUAGUGUGGAAACUGACACCAUGAAGGAGUAAGUGUGGUCUGUUAUCAUCAUUCCAGCACUCUUCUUACUUACUUUACCCUUAGAUCUGGACCCUGAAGGAUAACCCCUCAACUGUAAACUCAUAUACAGUCAGAUGGAUAAAACCAACAGAUACUCUGAGCUGAAUCUUGGAGGUCUGUGUUCUCCAUCUUCUCCAUCACUCUGACAGGCACAGGCAGGUGAUAAAAAUAGGGAUCCUUCAAUACUGGAUCUGAAAUCUGUCCUCCUGUCGGAGCGGCUUGUACCAGGCUGCAGGAACAGAACAAAAGAGGCUGUGCUGGCAGACUCUAAACAUUUCCAGAUGCUGCAGACUGAACUGUGGGAACUCUGCGGAGAGGAAAAGCGGUGAUUGGUGGACCCAAAGAGGCCUGCAGAGCCAUUUCAAAUGUCUGCUUUGCAAUAAGACUUGACAAAUCGCUUGGUUUUCAAGGCUGACACCGGAAGUUUGUGGAUGGGGCUAACCCCGUGUUGCUCUUUCUCACUGGUAUUCAUUAACAUCAACAAGGACUCCAACUUGACUUGCAUAGGAAACAUAAUAUAGAGUUGAGGAAAUCAUGAAAGCAUGGCCAUUUUGCAGGAAUUCUACAGGAAACGUGCAUCCUAUUCUGCCAGUGCUGCACGCCCUGGAGCUGACAGUCGAUGCUGAUGUUUCCACAGUGAGCCCUACACUGUAUCUCACUUCGGCCCUCUAAAAACAUGAAAAUAUAUGAGAGUUAACAAGAGUUUAAACAAGAUUAUGCUAAUAAAGAGCAGGUCUAGACUGAACUCUUAGAUUGAACAGCGUAACAUGAGCAAAAAUCUCCCAUUUCCACACUGUGAGGAGGGUUUGAAGUGUUGAGGCUUAGAUCUAGAGUGACAAGAGCUGAUGUAAUAAUUAAAGAUCAAUAUCUCCACCAUAUGGAGGUCGAUCUCCAUCCGUCAGUGCUUUUCCACAUCCAUCAGCAUCUGACACAUAAACAUAGAUUUCUGCACCGAGUCACACCAGGGCACCGCCUCAUGCUGAGCCCGGCGAUUUAUGGUUCCCUCUCGGCCCCGUCGGCCCCGGCGCCACAUCGCUCUCUGAACUAUUUUUAUCCGAGCAGGGGAACAUGCCGGCAUCCUUUCCUCCAGCCCGCUCCCCUAAUUCCUCUCUGUGUCCAAACACACGCUGACAAGGAAUAGGUCUGCAGAGGCCCGGUGCUUUACAACAGACUGCUGUUUCACAUGAACGACUCCACUCAGGCUCUCAGCUUACAUUUAUGUGCCUCUGCACUCACACACACACACACAGACACACACGGACACACACAGACACACUCUCUAGCUUGCUUUCUGCCUUUCUCCCUCUCUCUCUCUCUCUCUCUCUCUCUGUAAAUGAUGAAAGUAAAAGUAAUAGAAGGAACCGACAGGGGCAUCUGGCCUAAUUCCAACAGAAAAUGGAAUUGGAUUAGAGCCUCUCUUCUUGCAGCUGUGUGUUUGUGUCUGCAUCUUUGUCUGUGUGUAUAUGUUUGUGUUUGUGGGGUGAGAAUAAAGGCAACAACAAAGCUCGGCAGCAGGCAGCAGCCAGCUGCCCAGCGGUGAAUCGCUGAUGAAGAGAGAGGAAACAGAUCUGCUGCUGCUGCUGCUGCUGCUCAGCACCUUCCUGCCUACGAGUGUGUGCAAAGUGCAGUGUGUGCAGCUGGGUGUGUGUUUCAUGCUUGCCUUCACAUCCCAGACAGAUCAGUCAUCCACAUGACAUUGAUCAUACUCAUCAUUUUCUCCUGCACACGCAUGCAUGCACGCACGCACGCACACACACACACACACUGCUCCAUGCUGUGUAGAAUAAUCUUGGAAUGGUGAAGCGGUUGAAACAGCAGCUUUGUGGAGAUGAUUGAACAGCUGAUCAUCUUUCACUUUAGUUACUCUCCCUUUCGCUGCUGCACACGCUGAUUCAGUCACACCAUUAGUGUGUGUUUUCCUCUCAAGUCACCUGCUCACGGAUUAAAUUUCUCCUCUCUUUUUCCUCCUUCUGCUCCUUUUUUCAUCAACGCAGCGCCGGCCCUAAAGGAGACAACAUCUACGAGUGGAGGUCGACCAUCCUGGGCCCUCCAGGCUCCGUGUACGAGGGAGGAGUCUUCUUCCUGGACAUCGCCUUCACACCAGACUACCCCUUCAAACCACCCAAGGUGAGUGAGUGAGUGAGAGAGUGAGUGUCGCCCUGCAGCUAUGCACCUCCUUCUCUCCCCUUCUCUACACACACUAACACAAUCACACACACACACAGUCACACACACCGCUGUGAACAAUGUGACUAUUGUACCAGCAGGCUGUCAGCUUUUCAUGCUGUUGUCCCACAACAAUGACUUGUUUAAGGCUCGUUCACCUCCAGCUCGUUGACAGAAUAAUGGCUGACAGAUGAAUGAUGGCCUGUGUUUUAUUCUGGGGUUCCAUUAAUAAAUAUUAUGACAAAAAAAUUGAAGCUGACACUUUUUCUCCCAACACACACACAAAAAAAAAAAAACUCAGGCUGUAUGACUCCAGAGGAGUUACAGAGUGCUCUUCUAAAUAUUUCAUGGGUGGCAAGUGAGAUGACAUCUUUCUGUACUCAUCUCUUUGCAAAGCUUUAUUGAAAAAGAUAUUUUUAACCUUUAGGUGCUUUAAUACAUUUUUGGAGUUAAGGUCCUUUCACACCGGGACCAUUUUUGUCGUGUGAUUAUUUCGGACGUCAAUAUUUUUUUUCUGACCCGUAUCCUGUCAAUACAAGCGUUCACAUCAGCAAUGUUUUUCCAUCCUGGAAUAUUGCAGCAUUUAUUUUUUUGGAUCAUGGUUGAUUUUUCUAAAGUUUCGCAUACUUUGUGUCCACUUUUGCGUGUUGUUGCGACGUCUGAUUCACCGGUCCAGCAUGGCCGACUGGCUGAUUGUUUAAGUGUCAGAGAACAGAGUGCUUUUUGAUAAAAGACACAAACAUUACAAAGAUAACGACCUGAAGGACAACUUGUGGAGAGUCAUAGCGUCGGAUCUCUCAUAUGACGAUGGUUUGUGUGCUUUAACAGUUGCUUUCUUUUGAGAAAGAAAAAGGAGUACCAAUUCGCCAUUACUUGAAGUUGAAGUAGACUCCAUUUUUGUCUUCUCGCUUCCACCCGGGACGCUGUAGGAUGGGAAGGUCCCGCCCUCCUUCGCCUCCGAUUGGCUAUAAAUACUGACCUUUUGGCUUGAAUGUGUGAUAAUGUUUCCAGCUUCUCUAGCCAAUCAAAGGCAAAGGAGGCAGGACUUUCCCCAGGACAAUUCUCCCCCAAGAUGCGUCUUUUUCCACCCGGAAAUUCGCAAAAUCGCAUCGGGCUUGAUGCGUAUAGUCAGGCGCGUCAAAAUUUGCCUCAGAAUAUUUCGUAAUUUCACAUUCUAUAUUUGCGUUGGCCCCGGUGUGUAAGGACCUUAAGUCCCACCAGUUCACAAGACACUGUCAGUUUUUGAUGGACUCUCAAAGGGACAAAAAUUUGAACUGUGCAGACAUCCUUUGCCAGUAACUGCAUGUUACUUUCAAAAUUAUUUUUUUUUUAAAGUUUAAAUAUGUCAAAUAUAUAUAUAUAUUUUUUUGUCUAAGCGGGUUUCUAAAGACAGUCCGUCUUUGUUAGUGGAGCUCACGUUAGCUACACCUGGCCAGCUAUCAUCGCCAACAGUGUCAACAACAGUGUUUUGGGCCACUAGUUUUGUAGAAGCGUGUGCCGUUGAGAGAUACUUGAAUACAUUAGAGUAGCUUACGACAGACGUGGACAAACACUUUGCUCCGGGACAUAGUGUAUACCUCACAUGUAUAUUCUUGCCUUUUACCUCAAGAAGAUUGAAAUACUGUCUGUACUUCCACUUUGAAGUGAGGCUACUCUGUGCAUGUGUUGUUUGUGUACAAGCUGAACACUUCCUCUGAUUGGCUUAGCAUGAAAUGUUAGUCUGCCUUAACCAAUCAUCAUCACUUGUGCAGUUGUCUCGCCUCUCCCCUCACCACAGGAAAAAAAAAAAAUUGUAAUUUGCAGCUUCUGUGGCUGAGAUGAGCCAAGUCAGAGGACAACGGCUUCACUGAGUAGUUUGUAAUGUGCCUCGUUUAAUUGUUGGUAGUGCUAACUGUGUUGUAACAAUGGAAAUAGAAAUUAGUUAGAUUACCUGUUACUGGAAAAAAAACAAUGUUGUUAGUAACGCUGUUUAUUUUAACAGCAAUAUUCCUAUUACUGUCCUUUGCAUUCAGCAAUGUGCAGCUUUUGUGCAGAUGUGAAGCUCUGUCUAUCACCAUCUAAAACCCUUCUACCAGCUACCUAUGCUGUUGUUGACCUUUUCCUAUCCUGACAUCAACACGUGCAAGGAUACUAAAAUAGUAUAAAAUAACUUGUAUCAAAAGUCCAACUUAUACACCAAACACUCAAGUUCAGGAUAAGCAAGGCCUUCUGUGACAAAUACUGACACCUCUUGACUAAACCCUGAAUAUCAGAUGAUCUCACUGUUUUCAGAUGUAUUUUGAGGGUAUAAAUCUGUGCAAUGUUUGGGUCAUUACGGUGUUCAUAUCAGAACUGUUUUGCACUGAGGGUUCAUAGCCUCUGCUCGUGUUCAUGUCUUGUCCCCAUUUGGCCUUUUUGUGCCAUGUUCAUUCUCAGAUUGUUGUUUUAAUUGUCCCGAAUCAUUACACAAAGAACCCUCACAGAGAGAGACCUUUUAGCCAGAGAUUCAUUAUGACAUCUCUCCUGUGAAAGCCCAUUGACAAAACACCAAUUAUACCUCUCAGAACACAAAAUUGCUCCAUCUAAAUGAAGCCUGGUCGCUUUUAGAGACGAGGGCUGACAAAACAAUCAGAGAGCGCCCUCACAAAAAUAUCUGUCUCUAAAGGGAUCCGACCUGUAAUGCUGUCAGAAGCUUCUGAAUCAUCUGUAUGUCCUGGUGAGCGUUAGAUCAGACUGUGUGUGAGCAGAAAAAAAUGGAUUGUAGAUUAAAAGUAAAUGCCUCACAACUGAACACCAUGAUUUUCAAGUUCUGUGGCAGCUGUAGUUCAGCAGUGUUUCUUUAUUUGCAGUGAGCUGAAAGUGAUUUGAGUCGGUCAGGGUGAGAUCGGAGCUGAGCACGGAAUAAUAUUGAGCGUAGCAGCCUGAGACGGCUUUGAGGGGUAGAGCAGAGGGAACAAACAGCUCUGUGAGCAAGAAGAGGAUAUUCUCACAUCUCAAACUCACUUACAGACUCUGCUGAAGAUGCUGGAUUGAUGCAAUAUCAUCACUGAGAGAGUUAAUGCCAAUUUUUAUUAGUAGUUUAACAUGUAAACUCUCCUCUCUAUGCGUCUGUUACUGUGUGGGUGUGAUGAAUGUUGGAGCUCCAGACUUCACAUUUUCAGUCAUUGGUUUUAAGUCUUCUUCAACACAGCAUGAAGUUCAUUUUCUAAAUUAUGGUCCCUUCAAGAGCAGUAAAUCAGUGUCAUACUGGACCAACUUCUUGUCCAAAUGAGUUCCCCUCUGGCUCUAAAAAAGCAGAUCCAGCUACCAUAGUGCCAAACAAGCUUUAGAAAUGUAGCCCAUAAUGAAUGAUGUUACGAAGGCCAGGUCUCUUAUCUCUGCACAGCCCAUGUCUAAUCCAAAGCAGAGAACAUUAUUUCAGUAAUUGAAUCCUGCUUUAAAAGAUAUCCAUGAUCAGCUGUCGGUGCACAGCCAGCCUGUGAAAAUGGAAAUUGAGCAUGAACUCAAGUUAAGCUCCAGAACAAUCAGACGACUGUCUGUCUUGAAGAGAGCCAGUGUGUUUUAUAGAGCUAUAAAUAAAAGAUUUAUCAAUACAGCCUUUUUGCAUCACUUCCACCUUUCAAGUAAAUUUAUAACAGGAUAGCCCCUGAAGAUGAAGGGACCCUUGAACGUUUCUGCUUUGAUUAGAUUUGGUUCAGCAGCCAUUCAGAGACUAUUUGCAAAGAAUCAGUAUUAUCAUUGUCAAAGUAUUAUCAGCAUUAUGGCAUUGCAAGUUGCUCACAGUGCUUUACCUCGUGCAUUUUGCUCUUGCGUUGUAUUUUAUUGUGACUGAGAUGAGCUGUUAGCAUCUUCACUCUCUGCUGCACAGAGCCGCAUGGUGCACUUUCAUCCUGACAAUGCUAAAUUCUAUACCACUAUAGUAAAAAGAUUCAACACUUGGAUACAUUAUUUUUAAGUCAUCCAGAAGAAGAGUUGUUGUCUUAAUUACUGAUGAGUUUGAGGAUGACAAUUCUUGAAAAUAAUCCAGCACAAUGACCAGUAGCCCUGUGCAUGGGUUUGAUCAUUGCUGUUUGUCAAUAAGACGUUUUUGUGAUGAGGCUGAUUUGCAUAGAAAAGGGCCACUUUUGCUUCGAAUGAUUGCAUAAGGGCUCAUUGAAAUGUAUGCAAACAACACCAGCACAUAGUGGCACUCUGUGCUCUGCAGCAAAGCGUGUAGUGCACUUAACCUUUUGCAUGUGCUUUGAGAAUUAGACAGUGUCCUCUUGGCUCAGGUUGAUUUGGUGCAGAAACAGAUCCUCAGACAUUGUUCUUAACAGUUCUUAUGUUUUAUAGUCACACAGUUUAGCUUCUGUUACAACCUCCAGGUUUAGCAGCAGAAUGACUUGGCCUUACCAUGAUGCGUCUGACAUGACAUUUACAAGUCAAACAGGGGCAGGGAAUGUAAAAAACGCUUUCCAAGGCUUCUGCGUUUGCAGUCUAUGGGAGUGUUUUCUGUGGGGAUUUUGCACAACUGUUUUCUGGCAUGGCAGAUUUGCAGUUGUCGCAAGCUCUAUUUCUCAAAAGGCAACACCUGCAAUUAUCCCGAAUCUACUCUCAUUGAGAGUCUGUAGACAUGCUUAGUGCUGUUUUUAUUUACACUACUCAACAGCAGGAAAACAUGCAGUUAUUCAGGACUAUUUUCAGCUGUGGAUGAACACAAGUAGGGUGUUUCAGUGAGUUUGUGGGGAAGUGCGAUUAUGUGUGUGUGAGAGUGUGUGUGUGUGUGUGUGUGUGUGUGUGUGUGUGUGGGGGGGGGGGUCAAAAUAAACAACAAGUGUGUGUGUGUUUAUAGUGUUAUGGUGAUAAAGGAUCAUGUCAGCCAGUGCAUCAGUGUAGCUCACUGAUGUAGUUUUUUUAGGGCCAACUUUAGAGCUGUAUGACACAAAGCAAAGCAGAUGUAACACGCUUUGAUAUAAACACAAUAGAAGUCAGAUGGAAGCAUUCAUUGUUGCUUCUGAGCUGCAAAAAGAACAGAAAUCUAAAAUAUCACAGGAGUCCUCUUUCAGAUGAUUCUUGUUAUUGUGUCUCCUCCUGUCAUACAUGCUGCUCGCAUUCAGCAGCUUUUGGCUCCCCUCCAGUGAGGCUGUGGGUUUGUGGGUAAAGGAGUGUUUGCAUGUGUGUUGUGCUGAUGCAAGUGUGUGUCAGUAUUUACACAGUAGACUGGCUGACAGCGGUUGCCACCUCCUCCCUCCCUCCCUCCUCCCUCGGUGUGAGUCGUGCCUCUGAUUUUGCCCUGGGUUUUGGUUUUAGGUCUAGAAAUACUCACAGGCUAACCUCUAUCAGAUAUUUACAGACACAUACUGUAAUAAUAAACAGCGAAAGUAAACUGGGGAAUAUUUUAGGACAGCCAUAUUUAUCUGGUUUAUAUGUGGGCCAUUCAGCACAGAGAGGCCUGCUUUGAAUUAUGGUUGAAAUUUGAGAUUUGUUUAGACAGCAGAAAUAGUAAAAAUUCCAGAUUAGAGAAUACCUCAAAGUUUGGGUUAGAUAUAUAUUUUUUAGGAUUAGGUGAAAAAUAGUGACCAUAAAUAAAAUCAAGAAGUACCCAAAGCAAUAGCCAGGACUCUCUUCCUACGGAGCCAAGCUGUUGUAAUCAGUUGACAAAAGUCUUUGUCUGGAUGUCAGCAAAUAUUGCUCCUAAACCUGUAGAUAGUGUUUAAAACUGAGGACGCAGCAUCUAUGAUUUCCAGUUCGUUGUUGAAAAGGACAACUGGACUUAGUUGAGACUUGAAGCCGAAAACAUACAGGAUCUUUAUCAAGCGCGUUCAGUAUUAUCUCCGUAGAGCAGCAUUUGGUAUUGCAUACAGGGUGUGUAUUUUGUGUGCGACAGCAGCGUAGUGCAGCCCCAGUCAGCUGGGCUCAGUAUAGAGGAAACAACAUGCUCACAACAGGUGGUUUUGCCUUUUUGUGGUCUAUUUUCUGCCAAUUUUCGAUAUAAUUUAGUGACUGUGGAGCCUCUACUGUAUGUGAAAAGCAACGUGAUUUUACAUUUUCGGUUUUUGCAGGUUUACUCAUGUUGAAUAGAGUAAACUAUGUUCGCAGUUCAAAGUCCUGUUAGGGUCCGCAUGGAUCAGGGAUUGACCAUCGGAUUGUUCUGUGUUACUGAUAAAUCUAUAACCAAGAAGUAUUUCUCAUCUACAUGAACUGCUACACAGUCAGGAGUCCACAUUUGGUGUUUUAUUUUGAAAUACCGAAUGACAUGCAUGGUUUUCAUGCUUGACUUCCUGUCUUUAACGAUCUUCUCUGUGUGAAAUGAUGCUCAUUGAAGGGUACAGCAGCAAAAACAGACUCGCUGCGUAUCUUUAGCAGAGCUGCUCUUGAGACGAUGCUGCGAUGGAGCUGAUGCGCAUCCUGUAUGCUUGGCUGCAUUGAUUAGAAUGGCAAUUUGCUACCUGAUACGCGAUGUUGCUGCCACACUCCAAAUACGCAUCCUGUGUGUUUUAGCCUUUAGGCAAAAUGUCUCAACUAAGUCCAGUUGUCCUUUUUAUGUGGUGGUUUCCACUCCAGAGUCUUGGAGUGGGAAUGUCUUCUCCUCGUCCCUUCCUGACCAGUCACUCCUUCCUGGCAGUCCAUGCUGAAGGGGAAACUGAGCUCAUGUCAAGUCUUGGCCUCCUGCUGUCGUGUUUUUCCAGUCUGGCUGUGAGCUGUGCCACCCAGCAGCUCACCAAUCCUCAGCCACCGAGCCGACAGCUGCAGCUGCUCACUCCUCUGGCUCAUGGCUAAUGUUAGGAUGGUGAGGCCCCAGAUGGUUGGUCCAGACUUUUUUCAGGACCUGUUCAGGCUCAGAUUUUACAUCAUUUAGAGCCGAUCUUACUCUGGAUUGGGGUUUAACUCUUUUGCAUAUUUAACUUUUCUGUGCUUGAUGUCCUUAUUUUCAAACUCUGUGAAUGGGGUUGUUUAUUGUUCCAUUAGCCCCUCUAACAAUGAACUCUGAAACUUUAUAGAUAGUUUUAGGACUUUCAAGCUCUCAGGUUUGAAAUCAAGGGUGGUACUAAAUUGGUAUUAAAUCCACCCUCGCUAAAUCUAACAGUUUUACCUUCACCAUCGACUACUCCUCCUUCUCCCCCUCCCCUCAAGUAAAAAAUCUGUUGUCCUUGAAUGUCUUUGCAAAAACAUAAAUAAUGUCACCAGCUCAGCAUACUUCCAACUACGUAACAUUAAUCACCUCCAUCCUUCCAUCAUCACCACCAGCACCGCCAUCCUGGUCCACUCAAUGGUCACCUCCUGCCUAGACUCCUGCAACUCACCUCUCUCUGGUCUCCUCGACAAGUCCCUCCAUAAACUGCAACUGGUUCAGAAUGCUGCAGCCCAGAUCAUCACCAGCAGCCCUUCUGUCAAUCCCAUCACCCCUGUUCUCCAACAGCUUCACUGGCUCCUAGUCACACAUAAAAUACGCCUCCAUACCUCCAGAUGGGGCUGGGCAAUAUGGGAAAAAUCAAUAUCGAUAUAUAUCACGAUAUAAAAAAUGAAAUUUAACAGUGCUUAUUAGUAGCAUGUCUUUUGCAAUACAAUAAGCUACUGCAUCUGUGAGGUCUUUGUGUCUCUUGGACGUUUUGUCAUAAGGUGUUGCAUUAGAGCAGUGGUUCUCAAGUCCAGUCCUCGAGGCCCACUGUCCUGCAUGUUUUGGAUAUUUCCCUGCUCCAACACACCUGAUUCAAAUGAGUAGCUCGUUAUUAAGCCAUUACAGAGCUUGAUAACGAACUAAUCAUUUGAAUCAGGUGUGUUGGAGCAUUAGAGAAAGCGGACUGAAUGGUCGGCUGUUUCGGCUGCACAGGCGCCAUGGGCUCCUUGCUCCACUCAGGGUUUGUUACCUUUUAAGGUUUGUAACCUUGUGCUCUGCCGUGUGGCACUGCUUCAGGUGGUGAAAAAGAUUUGAGGUAUUCCCCGACUUUGCAAGAACAUGUACUCGCCAUAAUUUGCAGUGCACAUUACUCUGCUUCAUGUCUGACCUCAAAAAAACAAAAUACCUCCACAUCACCAACGUUUUCAUGCCAGUGUUGUUGAUGAUGUCGUCAUCUGUUGAGCCUUCAUCUGCAUUUCUGCCGGGGGUAGCACUCAUUUUCUUUUUUCCUCACCAACAGUGCUACGACUUCACAUGUUAUAGUGCUAUGGUUUUGUGUAGCUGCAGCCUGCUACUACGCAGUUGUUUGCUACUUGGUUCUAAUUCAGCACAUAAUUGGUUCAGCGGCACAGACCAAGAGCAACUCCCCUUUUCAUUGGCUAUCGACUACCAAAACAUGGCAGAAUGCCAACUAUCGAAAAGGAUAUUGACCAUGUUUUAUAUUGAUAUUGAGGGAAAUCAAUUUUGGAUAUAUUGUUAUCGUUUUAUCGCCCCACCCUACCUCCAAAGCCCUGUUUUUGUUUUUAUCUGUUUGCUGAACAGUGCCUUUUAUUUGUUUUGAAAGGCGCCUGAAGAAAAAUAUGUUUUAUUGUUAUUAUAAUUAUUAUAAUUUCUCUAUAGUUUUCUUCAGGGUAACUGGGAGCUGUUGGGAUCCAGACUAAUGAUGGUGGGGUUAAAUUUAGAGACUGAGUGAUGAAUCUGUUACAGAGAGGAUGCAGGAUUAGACCCACAGCUUUUGUUACACGGAGGCAGCAUCAUAAUCUAUUAGCAUCAGCUGUGAUAGGAUUACAGGCUGUUAAUGAGACCACACAGACCGGCCAAGGAUCUUUUUCAUGAGCUGCCAGCAUUAGCAUGCCAGCGCUAACCCAACGGAGCCGAAGGUGUAAGAACAGAAAAGGAGAGACAGACACAAGACCGUCCCCCUCAUCGAGCUUCUGCAUCUGAUUUCAGGUCGUUGCAUGAGUCCUGUUUGUCUGGGUAUUGUCAGCGUAGUAUGAGAGGGAGGGAGCAACGGCUGUUUGUUUCUCCAGAAAAAAAAGGCGUAAAGGGAGGAAUGGAAAUGUAAUGAGAGGAUAACAGAGGGAGGAAAAAAGGACGGCAAGCUGCAGUCACAAAGGAAGCAGGAGAGAGCCGUAGUGAAAGCGUGCCUGGACUGUCUGUCCUGGUCAGCAGCCUGUGUAUUAAAGAAGCAGGGAGGUCAAAGGUCACUGCGUAAUGAGCUCCUGCUGCUCGUGUUGAUAGUAAGCUGUAACACAGUGCUGUAUUUACUCUGCUGUUGACUCAUUCAGAUCUACAGAGACUGAGAGCAUCAUCCUCACACUGAGUCAACUCAGCAACUCAGUGGUUGAGACACUUUCAGUGAUCAGCUGUUUGUUUCGUUUGUUUUUAUCUCCAGGUUCUCUCUUGGAGUUGAGAUUAAUGGAUCAGGAUAUUGGCAGCUGAACUUUGAGCAGCUUCUUCUUGUUUUGCUGGUUUUGAAGUCAGCACAUCUGAUUUUUACAGUAUGAGAUUUUUAACAUAUCUCUGAUAGACGGAGCUGGAGGCUAACUUCUUCUGAAAUGUUUUCAAAUGUGGUCGAAACAUCCUCAAGGACUUAAACUGAUAAGAUUUUGCUGUUUGAGGUCAAAAGUCACAGAGAAAGCUUUUAGCUCAAAUCAAGUAUUUUCAUGAAUUCACUCAUGUGCAUGACAAAGUUUCACAUUGAGGAUUCUGGGUCAAAUAACCCACGGCCUGAUGGCUAAGUGCCAGUAAAAGUUUAUUUGGUCUGUGUUGAGCCAAUCAGAAUAAUUCUCAUCUUUAAACAGCUAAUCAGUUUGAGAUGUUUUUCGAUGAAUGCUUCAUUUUGUGUUUUUUUUUCAGCUAACGGAAACAAUCCCAAAAAAUAACAUAACAAUAAAAAUAUACAGAAAGUCAUAUAAGUCAAACCUGCAGUCAUGCGUUAAGGGUGAAAUUCACACCUACACACCUAUUUGUGAUUCUUGAAUGAUCAAAAAACUGAUUGUACUUAGAGGCGGUAACUCUUGUUUUACUGCUAUAAGAAUCCUUCAUUAAGAUUAUUGCAAAUUCAGCAUAAAAUGUCACCUUUAUGCAGCGAAGCAUCUGUCCUCUAAUGAACAAAACCUUCCAUCUGUGUGUGUGUGUGUUCAGGUGACGUUUCGUACGAGGAUCUACCACUGUAACAUCAACAGUCAGGGGGUGAUCUGUCUGGACAUCCUCAAGGACAACUGGAGUCCUGCCCUCACCAUCUCCAAGGUCCUGCUGUCCAUCUGCUCCCUGCUCACUGACUGCAACCCUGGUGAGAGCUGCACCACGCACACACGCACGCACGCACACACACAUACAGAGACUUCUCCUUGUCAUAUCGUCCUCCAAUUUUAGCAAUGACAGCUUGACUGACACGUCCAUUCUGUGCGGAUAAUGUACGGAGAAGUGUGUCACUUUGCCGGGCAGCAGACAGGCAGGUUACACUGAAGAAGCCUUUCAAACAGGAUCUCAAUCUCCUCACUCAUCAUCUGUGUGUUUAAGACCUGGACAAAAAUCAGGCAAAUGUUUGAUAAUGUGUUUUAAUUAAAUUUGAAUGAGAGAUUGUCAGAGAGAAGGAUAAAAGGCUGGAAAGAUGUUUGGUAUCUUUAGAAAGUAAAUGUGUCACCUGAUCAGUUUUCUUGAUUAUUGGAUAAAGUUGUUGUAACACUGACUGUAUUCACACACGAGCAGUUCUCCUCUGGGAUCAUGGACAGGGUGAGGAGCUCAAGCAUUGUCAGAGUUACACAUUACAAAUCAUAAAAAUGAAGAAAAUGACACAAACGGCUCAUGUUUCAACCCUUCAUGUUGCUCCGCUGCUGUGAAGGCAAAGUGAACAGAUAUUUCAGGCACAAACAUUAUUAUCCAUCAGAGAGUGGCAGGCAUAAUAAUAAUAAUAAUAAUAAUAAUAAUAAUAAUAAUAACAGGAGAUGAAUUAAAGUAAGUGUAGCUGCAGGGUUGAUUGAGCUCUGUAGCUGAUGCGCAUCUCCUGGGCCUGACUGACUGAAGGACUUUGCAGCUUUUUUCACCCUGUAAGGCAAAUAAGAGGGAAAAGCAUCAUCUGAAUUUCAAACCAAAGAGUUACAUGCAUCACAAACUGCACUGCAGGAGAAGUAUCAGCCCAGUGCACCAGUGGUGUUUGUGCAUAUUUGUAAGUGACCAUGAAACCACUGCUUUCUGCACUUGCCUUCAGAGUCCCUGUGCAAAGAAAAAUAAACAUUUAUAAUAAGAUAUCUGAAUGGAUAGUGCAUUUAGCAAAUGGCAUUUAAAGGGAUAUUUCAGUGUAAAUUUAAAUUAUGGUCAAACACAGUGUAACACAAAGUUAGACACCCCCUCAAGAGAUGAAUGUUGCAGACUGCUUGCGUCUUUAGUUAUACCAACUUAAGUAACAACCGCACGAUAGCAAUGCAUAGCGGUCUGAGGAGCCAUAAACAAACCUCAACCAAAAAGCCACUCUAUAGCCACAAAUAAUGCUCAGAACAGCACCUAACUUCAUCAACAGUGCAUAUAGGGUCCCAGCCAUAGUAGUAGCCACCAAACAUCUUUUUAACUUUGCCUGAUUCCUUUAGCAAAGAGACUAAACACAACUCACCCACUCUCUUCCAGCAGCUGCUUGUUUGUGGGGGAGCCCUGAAGAGUGGAUCACUGAGUGCAGUGGAGUUUUGCAGCUCAAGGAAGAAUAUUUAUGAUUAUUUCUUCAUGGAAAUGCAAUCAGACCAAGACUCUAAGACAGAAAAACUACCCCGUCUGCAGUGAAAAAUGAUUAUUAUGAUGAUUAUUACUUCAUGGAAAUAAUCUGCUGCACUCUGUGACCUGUUCUAACGAGGGGCUGUCUAACUCGGUGUGACGUUGUGUUUGACCAUAACUUUAAUUUACGCCAGAAUAUCCCUUUAAUGACAGCAUUGACAUGCAUACAGUGUGCACAAUCAUCCUCUGUUUCUCUGUGAGGUAGUGUUUCUGCUGCUGCACUGAUUUCAGGCUUUUGCAGAUGUUUAUAAUUUAGCAGCGUGUUUCUCCUGAUGAAAUAGUUUGAACCACUGCAGAUUGUCACCAUACCAUUAUGUACCAUUAUGUCACCAUAAUGUUGCAUUUUAAAGGAUUAUUCUGGAUGCUUUAAGAUCUUUGUCUCAUAAACACUGAGACUUUUCCUUUUAUAGAAACAGGCUCAUCUCCAAUAACCAUCAUUUGUUCUCUCUAAGUGGGAAAGUUUGGCAAUUGUGCGCACAAGAACCCGAUAAAAUCACUGUUUGCACAUCAUUUGCAUCCUUGUCUUCUUGGAAUGUUUUGUUAACAGAGAGCAGGGUGUUUUUUCUGCUCCCUUCAUCGCAGUCGAAUCAAUAUUUGACCAGGCUGCUUGGCUUAACACACACCCGUAAACGGCUGACGCCGGUCAGCGAGAAGACAUUUUUAAAGCUAAUUAGAUCCAUUAUGGUUCAGUUUAGCAGCACAGCACAGAAAACAGGAGGUGAGGGACUUCAAUCUGUCCUCUAUACGACCAGUAAAAGCAGCUGUUUUCUCAGCUACCACACUGUGAUGAAUGUACGGUGAUGUCAAGUUUUAGAUUGAGUGAGCUGAGUAAAAGCAGAGAAAGGUGUCCGAUAUCAGAAAGAGGAGUGAGAAAUGUACGGGUUUAAAAGGCCAGGAGACAGACAGGUGAUUUCCAAGCUGAAUGGUGGGGGAUGAGAUGGCACCAGAAGAGAAAGAGCGAUAGUGAUGAUGGUGAAAGUCUUCUGAUGAUAGCUUGUGGCCUCUGCUGGGAUUUCUCUUUGAUAAACCUCCGAGCGGAUAUUCUCCCUCUGUGGGCGAGGAAAAAAGCAUGAGAAUAGCUUCUCCUCUCCUCCUCUUCCUCCACGUUUUCAGAUGUUGCUGAGAUGAAAUGAGGCGAUCCCUUUAAAGUGUGAUACAAAAGAGGCUUGAUUGACACCCCCGUCCCUGCCAGAAAAUAAAAAUCACCCUGUCUCCCCUCCUUCCUGUUACCCACGCACUCUUCUUUCCCUCUUUCCGCCUCUUGCCUCAUCAGAAUCAGUCGGCCUGCUGCACCUCUCUCCACUUGUUUAAGUUUUUCAAGCCCAGCCUCAAGUGCUGCAUCUGAGUCUGAAAUACCCUAAAAAUAUCCCUGCUCCUUUCUCCGUCUGAAGUUUUCCUUGCCGUGCAGGCGGAGAUCAUUGGCAUGUGGCUCAUUAAAGCGAGGGAGGAGGAUGGAAUGACAGUUAAUCAACCCUCCAGGGGGAUGCCGUCCCUGCUGUCAUGCCACACUGAGCCCUGCACAUCGUCCCACAGGCAGAUCUCCACCUGAGGCGUCCCCGUGGCUCAUUGGGGCCGAGUCACAGUCCUUGUCAGAGUAUAUCUCAGGCUCAAAUCCAGCCCAGAGCCUCUGUCUGGUGUCAACACUCUUUCCUCGCUGUCUUCUCCUGCCAAACGUCCAAAAAGUCGUCUUAAAUUUUUAACAAAGCCAAAGGGAUUCCUCUUCCUCCUCCUCCUGCUGUUCCCGCUGCUGCUGUCUGUCUGUUCUGCCCGUAUAUUCAGCUGAUAUGUGUGGAUAUCCGGCCAGUCUCUCAUAAUAAAAGUGUCGGCUUUUUCCCCUCGGUAGCUUCAGGGGGUGUCAGUUUGUCAGACCUGUAAUAACACCGGCUUCGCUCUGCCUGAAAGGACAGCUUUGCUAUCUGGAUUGAUAUCUGAAUGUGUGACAUGAAAACAGUUUAUGUCCUUUAUGUGCUGCAGCUCCUGUCUGCUUUCCACACUCUGUCUUAAGAGGCUUCAAACUACUACUACAGGAAUAAGGGUCUCCAUAAAGAACCACGCAGAUGUUUUAAUAAACUGUUGUUGUGAUUACAGAGUUCAUCCAACAUUUUCUCCACCUCCUCAUUUUAAAGAAUCUGAUCUACUCAAAAUAUAAAUACGUGGUGACUUGCACAUCACAAGUCUGAUUAGCUGAUCUUGCUGCAAGUGGCAGAGCACAUCUGUCCUUCACCCGGGGAAUGGGCUUCUCAGUGGACCGUCCACUCAAACUGAUACGAGUGCUCAGGUUAUAGUCUCUUAAAAACUGCUGAAUUAGGCUGUGAAAUCGAGACAGUUUAUCGAAAACUGUAGCCUGGAUUUCAUACCCGGUCCUCCCCACAGUUUCUCAUUAAAGGAGCUAAGCUGAGCGGCAUGUAUUAUGGCUAUCCAUUCAUCCAUUUUCUACUGCUUAUUCCUGUUCCCGGGGUCGCGGAGGGGCUGGAGCCUAUCCCAGCAUCUUCGGGCGAAGGUAGGGGACAGCCUGGACAAGUCGCCAGUUCAUCGCAGGGCUGACAUAUAGAGACAAACAACCAUUCACGCUCACAUUCACACCUAUGGGCAAUUUGGAAGUGGCCAAUUAACCUAACCCCACUUAGGCAUGUUUUUGGAUGUGGGAGUAAACCAAAGUACCCGGAGUAAACACACGCAGACACAGGGAGAACAUGCAAACUCCACACAGAAAUGCCCUGACCUGGAUUCGAACCCAGGACCUUCUCGCUAUGAGGCGACAGUGCUAACCACUACACCACUGUGCCGGCCUGUAUUAUGGCUAAUAGACUCCUAUCACCCCACUUCAAAAAAAGCUGCAAUACCCCUUUAAAAUGUAGAUUUUGGCCUGCAGUUUCUCUCUCUAAAGGGGUUGAACUCGCUGUUUGCAGAAAGAAGAGGCUCCUGAACCAUCUCACUUUUACUCUGAGGUGCUGUGUGCGUGUAGGAUUGUGAGGUUUGGAAAUUCACUCACUCCCUACAAACACAAACACAGUCUGAAUAGAUAGACUCCUCACUCUCCCUCCCUGACAUUACUGGUGUAAACGGAGCUGUGCUGCAGCUGCUCUUGACACCUCUGUGCUCUUGAAGGGACAGUCGGAACACAGAUUGGUCAAACCGGGCCAGGAUGACGUAAAGCAGGCUUUUGACAUGAUGAUUCAGGAAAUCUUAACGAGCUGUCACAUAAGAAGGGAGAUGCUUCCAGCUGCAGCGAUAUAUGAGGAUCCAUUCAUGCAGAAAUCUGAGUAUAAGCCUGUAAAAACCCUCAUCAUUGAAACCCUGUCAGGGAUUAGAGCGCAGGGCUGUUUGUGCCGCUUGCUCAGCCGAGCUCAUCCCGUAGCUCCGUCAGCAGGCCGAGCCCUCGAAGGAGCGUUUGUGUGUGUGUGUGUGUGAGAGAGGCUCUGGGAGUGUGUAUCUCCCUCUGUCACUUCUCUGAGAAAUUGACCAGCAGGGCGGCGAGUCGAGCAGCAGCAUGAUCAAUAGAGGAGCCGGUGGGGAUUCAUAACGGAGGCUGUUUACUGACCGGACGUGUGUGAAUCAACAGACAGGACUCUGCUGCUGCUUCUGGACCAGCUAUGAUCACCUGUGAUUUACAGCAGCGAGCACAUUUUACCGGGCUGUCGAUAAAGGCGUUAGCAGCGCUGUCCGUCACACGCUACAAGCUUCACUUCAGACAUCAGGGAUAAUAGAGCUCCACCAGUUUGACGUACAGCUUUUCCGCGGUUUUUCACAGGUUGCAAUAAAAUUCUCAUGCAUGUUGAUGAGCAGAGGUGGACGGCUGCAGGCUUCCGAUCCAUUUUAGACCCUGAUGCUCUGCGUCAGGUAAUUGGAUGUCAAACAGUGUGGCUGUGACUGUGUAAACAUGCUGUACGUUCCCAUAAAUAAUCUAUGACUGUCACAGAUGGGGGUUUCUGAAGGCUGCAGCUGAAACCAGGUUUUCCCCUGAAGAGGCUCAGUUCAGUCUUUUGAACGGAUGCAGAUGUUGCAGAAAACCAACUACUUAUAAUGCAUCAUGGGAAGAUUUUGAGAUGUGUUGUUCGGGCUUCUCUCUUUUCUUUUGUCUUUCAAACUUUCUCCACAAUCGUCUGACCCGAUAUUUAGCCCAGGCUGAUGAUAGGUCACCUGGUUUGAAUCCAAGAAAAGAAAGAACAGACAAGAUUACACAGCUCAGAUAUUCUUUGUCUGACUCAUAUUCAAUAAGGUUAUAUAUUUUAUGUCCCCCUCCUGGUAAAUCCUGUCGUCUGUCUUCUUCUUGUGUUUCAGCCGACCCUCUGGUUGGAAGCAUCGCCACACAGUACCUGACCAACAGAGCCGAGCACGACAGGAUAGCCAAACAGUGGACCAAACGCUACGCCACAUAG